AUGAUACCUUUUUUCUUAUUAGCAAACAAUGACGACGAUGGAUUUGAUUUGAUUAAGCCAUCUUUGAUCCAGCAAUUAAGAACCAUCCUAGAUCAGUAUCCAGAUGAUGGACAGAUAUUGAAGGUAUGAAGAAAAGAGGGCCACCAAAACCAGUCCUCUGAAAUGUAGGGGGGUGGGUUAGUGUUACUUUUAGACAUCCAUCCCCACGAUUAGUGUUGUGUUAGGGUUAAGCAUUCAUGCAAGUGUCACCAGGUCUUUUCAUUUAGGUGUGCUUACUGCAAAUAUUUUUUCUGGUGUAUUUUACAUCUUGAAAUGUGUUUUAUUGUAUCAGGAGCUCAUCCAAAAUGCAGAGGAUGCACACGCAUGUCAUGUAAAAUUCCUUCAUGACAAACACAGCCAUGGCACAGCCAAACUUCAUCACCAGGAUCUUGCUCAAUUUCAGGUAAAUUGUUUUUCUGAUAUGCACUCCUUUAAUUUCUUCUCACCAUUACGGUAAAAAAUAACUUGUUAAAUGCAGUUCAAUGCAAUAUAACGGAGUUAAAAACAAAAAAUGUCAGCGUUCUCUAAUAGUCAGCGGUUUUUGCAUAUGCGCAUGCGUUGGGAUUCCAUGUGCUCUUUGCCUAAUGCGUUCUUGCCUGUACUUUGAGCGUGUACUUGCAGCGUUGUGAGGAGUGACAGCUCUUCGUCCAGGCCGUUUUCGUCUUCCCCGUUGGUUUUUUCAUCUCGAAAGGCUCAAGUGCUGUUAUCUCUCGUUUGUUUUUUUCUGGCGGUCAACUGCUUUCGUUCGUAUAGAUCAGCUUUCGGGGCGUCCAACAAAUAACAGUGCUGUCGCCAUGCUGGAUUUAUCGGAAUUAAUUUUUUCGGCCCCUUUCUCGGCGGAUUCCUCUCCUCCCUUAACAGAAACCUUGGUUGUCUCAGCCCCUGCUGCCACCCCUCCUUCUUUUGUAAUCUCCGCCUAGGAUCUCACUCAAGCUUUUUCUAGAGCGUUAGGUGAGUCGUUACCCCACAUUUUGGCGACGAUGCAAAGCCACUCCAAGAAUACAUGUUCUUCGGUGUCGCGUUUCACUUCGGCGGGAAACAUGCUCUCGAACUCAAAUUUUUCGGGCUUCUCUGCCAUCAACUCUCCCCCACCCUCUGCAGGAUUAUCGUCAGGUAAUUUUGAUGUGCCUGCAUUCAUUUCCACAUAUUGCACGUUAGGCAAUUCGCCUUUAAGCUCGCCAUCUUUGUUUGGCCCUCGGGAUGUCGCGAACGUAGCGUUUCCCGCCAUCGGCCACUCUUCUGCACCGGCGUUCUCUAUCGGUUCUGUUCACGCAUCUACCAUUUUGCCGGGGAUCCUGUCUUCUCUGAACAGGCCUUUUGUGGUUGGCGUAGGUUAUUCUCCCUUUUCAGAGAAGCUGGUCACUAAGAUCAGGUAGGACUAUUUGUUGAUAUCGCCGACCGUCUAGGCGGCAACGUGAAGGCACUAAAAGCGGAGCCACAAACAUAUCAUGACAGCAAACUUUUGGUGGGUUCAUCAAAGAAACGAAAACAAGAGAUCACCGACAUUAUCACAUGGGCGGAGGCAUUCACAGUCUACAUGUGGAUUUUCUGCUGCGCACAUCCUUCUAGAUGGCAGGAAAUGACGCAGCACAAACUCCCGAUUCUGAAGACCUCACGCCAGUUUCCCGGCAAGGCCUUGGCUUCACUACAACACUGCCUUUCGGAAGUACGCAGCUGCAUCAGGCCUGGCAGACUGGUCUCGUAUGAACCUCGACCUUUACAAUUUCCAUACUCGUUUGGCGCCACAGUCCCAGUCAUCAGCCGUAUCUUCUCCAUUCCUUAACUCAGGCGGCUUGUAAUCCAACUUUUGCAGAUCAUGGAAUGACGGCAUCUGUCGCUGGCUCUUUGGUCAAUGUCGGUACCGCCACUGCUGUGAUAGAUGUGAACGGAACUACCCUCACGUCAACUGCCCCUUUCGUCCUUCCAAAUCGUAUGAACAGCGCUCCCGAGCAACUACUCCAUCUCGGUACAAAUGCUAGCGGCGUUGAGGCGGUCUCUAGAUCGCCCAAGGCCCCUUACCUUAAGAAUGAUGUAAAUAGUGUACAGUUAUUUCGUUUAGUUUUACGCAGAUCCUAUUCGGUUCUAGUUAAUGUUGUUGUUUCUUUGGCAUCGGAUAUAUUUUAUUGCGGCCAAUUUCGUGUAAAUGAGCCUCCUAUCUCCUCCAACACAGGGAAUUCCAUUACUGGUGCUGUUCGGCAAGAUUUGGUCCCCCCUUUUAGAAUAACCCCGCUUAUUGCAGACAAACUGCAGCGGAAAAUUUGUUUUCACCCUGAUCAAAGAAAACUGGAUUUCGUGAUUUCUGGUAUUACCAUUAGUUUUCGUCUUAGCUUUGAUCCUUCGGCGGUAUCGUUGAGGUCUGCGAACCAGAAUAUGCCAUCCGCGUCUCUUUACCCUUCUGUGAUUGAUCAGAAUAUCCUCACAGAACUUGAGAAAGGUCGCGUAGCUGGCCCCUACUCUAUAUCUCGAAUUCCAAGCCUUCAGUCGCUUUGGGGUGGUCCCAAAGACAUAUCAACCUGGAAAGUGGCGGGUUAUUUUAGAUUUAUCUAGCCCAUUGGGCCGUGGCGUCAACGACCGCAUUCUUAGAGAGCCUUUCUCUUUACAAUACAUGAAAGUAGACGAUGUCAUCAAGGAUCAUGUCUUAUGGCCAAGGAACACUGAUGGCGAUGAAGUUUGAUGUGGAAAGUGCGUACCGCGAUGUCCAUUCCGAUGAUCGUUAUUUGCUCGGCAUGAAGUGGCGAGGCAAUUAUUUCAUCGAUUUGGCUCUUCCCUUCGGAUUACGCUCUGCCCCGUUCAUCUUCUAUUCUAUUGCGGACCUGUUAGAGUGGAUUCUCAAACACAAUUAUGGCAUGAAGUUUCUCUUACACUACCUGGAUGACACAUUGGGUCCCCCCAACUCAUCUGUCUGGCCAGAACAACCUGGAUUUGUGUAUUCGGCUUUUUGAGGACUAGGGUAUCCCCCUUCAUCCAGAUAAACUAGAGGGACCAUCCACUUGCCUAACAGUGCUCGGUUUUGAGCUGGAUUCACUUCACUUUAGGCUUGUCUUCCAAGGGACAAUUUUGAGCGCUUCAUUGACUUGUUGGAUACUUGGUCUUCCAAACAGUACUGUAUGAGAAAACAGCUGGAAUCUCCCAUCGGCAAUCUCCAACACACUUGUACGAUCAUUCUUCCGGGGCAUACCUUUUUACGGCGUAUGAUUAACUUAUUAUCAGCGUUCCAGCGGGAUGACCACCCCAUAGGGCUUAAUCAGGAACUCCGUUUAGACCUUUCUCGGUGGCGUGAAUUCUUCCAUUCAUGGUAUGGCCUCAGUGUUCUGCUCUUCCCCAAGUGGGCACCACUACCUUAUUUUUCUUUUUCCUCAGAUGCAGCCCGAGCCCUGGGUUACUGCGCACUCUUUUACCCUGAGUGGUUUGUGGGGAAAUUGUCUGCCUCUCAGCUGCCGUUACAGGCAGCAGGCAUUCCCGGAAAGUUCACUAGUCAAAGCUUUAGAAUUGGAGCUGCAACUACAGCUGCCCAGCGGGGCAUUCUCGAUCAUCUCGUUAAGACCACGGGACGCUGGUCAAGUGAAACGUAAUUAUUGUAUGUGCGCACAUCCUUGAAUAGCAUCCUCUCAGUAGCGGAACGAAUUUCAUAGCAGGUAUGAUGCCCAUAAUCUCUCACUUCCACCACGCAGCAGGUGCCGUCGGAUUGAGCAGUUUUUCUUGGGGCCAUGACCUGCCGUUGCCAUGAGCCCCAUUUCUCCGAGCUGAUUGCGCUCAGUUUGGAGGUCCUCCGGCUUGGCGUGGGGGCUCAUGGCUGGGUUGCCAGAAUUUGCCAGCCAUUAGAGAAGUCUCCAUCUAGGAGCCUACUGCCAAUAGUGGAAGCUCCUGGAUGUUUCAGGCACCCAACCUGCAAUUAGCGAUACAGUUGAUAAAUGCAGUUAAAUGCAAUUUAACGGAGUUAACAUUAAAGAAAGUCAAUGUUCUCUAGUAGUCAGCGGUUUUUUGCAUAUCACAUGCGUCGGAAUUCCAUGUGCUCUUCGUUUGAGGCGUUCUUGCGUGUACUUUGAGCGUGUUCUUUGAGCGUGUACUUGCAGCGUUGUGAGGAGUGGCAGCUCUUCGUCCUUGCAGCUUUCCCCACCCAUUCCCUUCCUUUUCCCACUGUUUAUUCAGUUUGACGGGUGCCUGUUUCGAAUUCCCGUGUUGGGGCUAAUGGAUGGGUUGCCAGAAUUUUCCAGCCAUGAGAGAAAUCUCCAUCAAGGAGCUGGCUGCCAAAAGUGGAAGCUCCUUGAUGUUUCAGGCACCCAACCUCCAAUUAGCGAUGCAGUUGUUAACUUGAAUCAAUCGACUUCAUAUUUACUUAUUUCAGCAUUAAGCCACGAUUUAUUUGUUGUUAAAAGCUCCAUAUGGAUUAGACCCAUAUGGAUUAGCGUGGUAAAUACAAACUGGUCUUUUUAUUUUGAAUAACGCACCCACUCAUUAAUUGUUCGUUUUAUAAGGGGAAUCUGAUCGUUUUUAUGUAACAGGGCCCAGCACUUUAUGCAUACAAUGACGCUCAGUUUACAAAAGAUGACUGGAAGGGCAUACGGAUGUUGUGUGAUAGUAUUAAAGUCAAAGACCCAAUGAAAGUUGGCCGUUUUGGUCUUGGCUUCAAGUCUGUUUUUCAUAUGACAGGUGAGUCUCUUGAAUUGCUAUGUCCUCAGACCCUAACGUGAAUGUUUCCCAGGCGUUUUUUCCAUUAUAAUGACCGUUCGGAAAAAAGGGUUUACCGGAGCUUUUUCUAUUUGGUUGAUUGGCGACUUUGUAUGUUUUCCAGGAACAAACUUUUCCGGUUAGAGAUCACUGAAAUUAUUACUUAUUUCUCAUUUUCUGUCACAGCAGUAUAACAAAACAAGGAAUAAUUCUUGAAAUUGUGUAAUCCUCUUUCUUUUAGAGUUACAUGUAGGGAAGCUACGCGGAAGAAUAGUCGUAGAUAUCCAUAGAUGAAUACUCUGUACGAAUCAUUUAAACUGGUUUUAAUUUAGAUUAUUUUCUUAUCAUGUAAUACUUGUUUACAUAUUUUAUGCCAUCGCUUCUUACGUUUUGACAAAAGUUAACAAAAGUUACCAAUUCAUAAUUUUCAUGUGGAAUACUAAGAAUACAAAAUGACAACAGAUUCAGUAGAGAAGCCUAUCAUUCGACGGGAGGCAGCAAUGUUAGCGGCGCUUUAAAUUGUGAGAUAUUUAAGGCGAGUGCUUUUUCUUAGCUGUUGAAUGGCAAAUCGAAAAAUUAACCGGAGUGAAUACCUGGAAAAUUUUCAUACUUAAAGGUAAAAUCGUGCAUGUUCUAUCCUUGCAUAUACAGUUUUAACCUUUGUGCAUUUUUAUCUCUGCCAUGGUUGCCAUAAUUUUUCUCCGACAUUGCAAAGAUGUUUUCAGACAUUUUAUUGUUGGAAGGCGACAAAGUUAUCUGUGUUCGUUUUCAGAUCUACCAAGUAUCGUAAGUGGUUCGCGGAUCGGAGUGAUUGAUCCGCACGAAAAGUACUUUAGGGACGAAAAUGGCAUACGAACCGGGCACAGGUGGCUAUUGAAAGAAGACGGAAACAUCAUAAACAGCAUCCCAGACCAGUUUCAGCCGUAUAAAGGAAUAUUCGAUUGUACAGAGGACACCUUCAAACAGGGGUCCUAUAAUGGGACACUGUUUCGUUUCCCUCUAAGGACAAAACCAUCCAAGCUAUCGCCGACGUUAUACACUACCCAAAAGGUGCACACGUUGUUUGAAAGUUUUGAGGCUGAUGCUCAUUUGAUCCUUCUCUUUCUUCAGUAUCUGGAAUCCAUAGAGCUUUUUGACCGAGAGGAAACAGACAAUGACGCCAGAAAAACCUUUCAAGUCCGAAUCACAAAUGAUACUUUACAAUUAGUGCGAGAAAAGAGGAGUGAGUUUCGAAGAAAGAUCUCAUCAGGUGAACUAUUGCCAGAAGCUGUUUGGGUAACUUAUCCUAUCACAAUCGAGGCAAUUACUUAUUCCAAAGGCACGCAAAGUGCGUCAGAGCGACAUUCGUUUUUAGUUACUAACUACUUUUGUGGAGGAGAAAUCUCGUCAGAAUUUAGAACCUUGGCUUCAGAUCAAGAUCUCAGCUAUCUGCCUUUGGUAGGUGUCGCCAUGGAGUUGCCAGAACGUCCCGUGAAAGAAACGCCAGACAUGAAAGGCCACGUGUUUUGUUUCUUACCAUUACCAGUACAGAAGACAAGUUUAACAGGAUUGCCAGUGCAUAUCAACGGCUUCUUUGCUUUGAGUCAGAACAGGCGAUACAUUAAGACGCCUACAGCUGAACAAGAAGAUCUGGCUGAGAAGGAAGGCCAGCCCCUGACUGACAAGUCAUUGUUAUGGAACCAGUGUCUUCUGCAAGAGGCCAUCCCUAAAGCGUAUGCUUCUCUGCUACUGGAUGCUAUGGACGAGCAGAACUACAACGUGCAAAGCGAAGCCGUGUACAAGUAAGCGUGUGUGCCCCUAUAAUAUAAUUACCUCUUUUUGCUCAGACUAUAUGUAGCAAAGAGCUCAAGAAUACGAGUUGACGGAAACAGCUAAAAUAGAUUGAGACAUGUGCUUGGUCUGCUUUAAGACUGAUUGUGUCUCUAUGGUUGAUAAAAGUUCCGUUAAUCUCAUGCUUAAACAGUUUAUGGAUCUAAAAGUCCUUCCUUAGUUUUAACAGUUUUCCAUAAUUUCUCCUUUGAAUAGAGCAUGGCCUGAUACAACUAACAUAGACCAGAAAUGGAAAAGAGUGGAGAAACCCCUAUUUGAGUUGCUUCUCGACAAAAGCAUCAUCUACACUCCGGCUCAAGGAGGAAAAUGGAUAAAAUUGGCAGACGCGAUCGUUGAAAGACUUGCAGGAAGUGAUCCUAAAGAAUUGCUGGUGAACGUUUUUCUUGCAGCGAAUGCAAACGUCGCCUGUUUACCCGAACACGCCCUAAAAGCCAUUUGCUUGUACUCAACGUUGAGUGCAGAAGUAACACCUUCGUUGACGCGAAGAGUCCUAAAGAAUGUCCCCUCUAGCUACUCAAACUUACCACGGUCAGAAAAACUUUUGCUGCUUGAUUUUGUCCUCAAAGACGGUUGCUUUUCUGACCUACUUGGAUUGGAGCUGUUACCGAUUUCUAACAAGCAGUUCAUGUCGUUUUCCAAUACGGGCGAGGCUGUUUACAUUUCGUCGCCAGCACAUCCCCGUGAACUCUUACCAUGUCCACAACAAAAGUUCGUUGAUGAAAGCAUCGACAAAGAUUUGUCGCGAAAACUGAAUGCAGUCGCAAAACAAGGUAUGCAAAUUGGAAGUAGUUGUUACAACAACGAAAAGAGCCAUACGAAGAAUUAAGCUGAUGCUCUGCGUCUGAAAAAAUGUUAUACUUAAUCUUUUUAGUUUAUUAGGUCUAGAACCUUUAAUUUCGCGGUGCCAAAUUGUAAAGAACAUGGUAUAUUAUCCCACGGAGGAACUCGAGACAAUUGAGAUCUCUGAGUUACUUUUUACUAUCACAAUUAAUUCACAAUUAUUUUACUUAUUAUUUACCUUAAUGAUUUUAUUUGGUAACGUAUUCCAUUUAGGCGAGACCUGUUUUCAAAAUAGUACCGCAUUUAGAGCGAGUAUGUCUGACUUUUUGCACUUAUAAGAGCAAACUAAGAUUAGCUAAGGAUUCACCUUACUUUCCGAACAGGGUGCACUCAGUUACGGCAUUUCACCAAAGAUGACAUUGCUAAACUUCUCCCGACUUCACUACCACCUGGAUGGCUUUGGGGAAAAAUUAUUUUGUGGCGUCCUGGCGUCAGAGGCCAACCGUCCAAUGACUGGCUGGGAAACUUGUGGACAUACUUGGGAAAGAACUUCCCCUCAGUAGACGAGCUCUGCAGUUUUGAAAACCUGCCACUACUUCCAGUAAAUAUGUCGAAAGUUCCGAUUACCCUCGUGAGACUUAAACAGUUAUCUGAUGUUGUCGUGAGAAGACUUCAUGGCAAUUCUUUAGACGACGCUAUUGUUGGAGCUUUGGAAGAGCUUGGUGUUACAGUAAUGCAAAGGUAUCCGGGGUUCCUAGGCCUGCACCCUGCCGUUUCGGAAACGUUUGUUCAUCCGCCAUCAGUUCAAGGCGUCUUAAAAGCUGUGGCAGCUUUCCUUUCCUUAAAGCCCAAUGCCGUGAAAAACAUAACAGACGAUGGUAAACGAUAUUUUAGGCAGUUUGUCGCCAAAGCCUCUUCGCUCAGUCCAGAUGAGAAGAAAGUCUUGAACUGCAUACCACUGUUUGAGACUUUGUCCGGAGUCUUUGUUUCUAAAAGUGAUGGCCUUUGCGCUGCACCUGAUGAUGCGUUUCCAGUGAAAACCUUCAGAGAUCUCAUCGACAUUAGAGAGAACGAUGCAAAGAGAUUGGCAGGUUUGUUAGACAUCCAAGUCUUGACAGGUUCUGAGGUUCUGCUUGAGGUGAUAUUUCCGGAUGUAGUGGGUCAGCGUUACUCCACUGAAGAAAUUGACAGACUCAUGGAAUUCGUGAUGGAUAGAUAUCACGUUUACACCGCAGAGGAUGAGAGAUUUCAGAAUCAGUUAAAAGACGUACCCUUUGUUUCAACUAAAAAUGACAGAGUGAGACCUAAGGAGGUAUUUGAUCCCAGAGAAGACUUCCUGAAAAGAAUUUUCGUGGAAGAAGAUGUGUUUCCUGUUGGAAAGUACGAUCAACCUACAGCUCUAGUAAUCUUAAAAUACCUUGGCAUGAAAGACGAAGGAGAAAUCACGGGACAAAAUGUGUACGAAAGCGCAAAAGCAGUGAAUAGCAUUGUUAACUUUGCUGCGGCAGAAACGAAGUCAUCAGCGAUCAUGUCAUUCUUAACUAGCAAUCCGGCAAAACUUGAAGAAAUUGUUUCUGGAACAUUAGGUUUAGGAGAGCUCGGGAUGCAUCUUAAAAGUAUUCCAUGGGUCUCUGUGCUCAGACGAAAACCCGAUGGCUACCCCGAAAGUCUUCCGUUCUGGGGAGAAACGCACUCAGAACCUUAUUUCCUAAAGCCUUCAGAUGUCAAGUACAAACAAGCAGCAAACAUCAUUGGAUCAGUAAAACCACUUGUCAAAGCUGAGCCAUGUAGCAAAUUAACCUGCUUCUUUUCAUGGGACGCAGACCCGGCUGUUGUGGACGUCGUGCAGCACUUGCAGAAUGUAUUAAGUUGCUACAGUCCACUAGACAAGCCACGUUAUAUUAUCAUCGCCCAGGAAAUUUACGCCUUCCUCAGUGGUGCAGAUCAUAACGAAGUACUUUCUGCUUUGGAGAAUGUCAAGAACCUUUCGUGGAUUUGGAACGGAGAUGGAUUUUCUUCCCCUAGGUUCCUGAUAUCUCAGAAACCUCCGAUUGAUCUGACGCCAUAUAUCCGUUCUCUUCCCUCAGAAGUGGCAAGAUUCUACGAGCUGUUUGCAAAAUUUGGCCUGCAAGAGAAGUGCGAUGACGCAUUUUUGCUAGAGGUUCUUCACUUAGUAAAAGAGAAGUACGAAAAUCACCCUCUGCCUCCUACGGCAGAGGUACGGAAGGACCUGCAGUUGUCUGUGGACAUUUUGAAUGAAAUUAAGCCAAACGUUGGAGAUCAGUUACCGCCCGCACUUCAAAAAAAGGUGCUCAUUCCGACACAUGUGGAAAACGAUGCGUAUGUUAAGCUUGCACCAGUUGAGAGAUGCAUGUACUGCGAGCAUGAGUGGUUGGAAAGAAGUAACCACGAUGGAGAAGAAGAUGAAGAGAUGGAAUAUUUCUAUGUACAUCCAAACAUUCCAAACAGCACAGCUGAACUUUUGCGCGUUCCAACGUUGAUGAAUCGAAUGUUGGAACCAGACGAACUGGGUAUUGGAGAGGAAUUCGGACAAGAAGAAAAACUCACCUGUAGACUUAGCAGACUUUUAGAGGAUUACACUGAUGGUUUUGCAGUACCCAAAGAGCUUGUUCAAAAUGCAGACGAUGCAGGUGCCACUGAAGUGAGAUUUUUAUAUGACGAACGAACGAACCAGGAUGCCAUGACCUGUCUGAUUGACGAAGAAAUGAAACACUGCCAGGGUCCUGCUCUGUGGGUCUACAACGAUGCCGAAUUCAGAGACGAGGAUUUUACAAACAUCACAAAAUUAAACGGUGCCACAAAAGAACAAGAAACUGAGAAGAUUGGCAAGUUUGGACUUGGUUUCAAUGCAGUAUACAAUCUGACAGAUGUUCCAAUGAUUUUGAGCAGAAAUUAUUUUGUGAUUUUCGACCCGAACACGUUCUAUCUCGGAAAGGCAAUAACAAACAAGAACAAACCUGGAAUAAAGAUUGAUAUCAACAAAAACACAAAGAGACUUAGGAAUCUCGGCAAUCAGUUUAAACCGUUCAAUGGAAUAUUUGAUUGCGAUCUUCACCUGAGCAAAGACGACAACUCUUACCCUGGAACUCUGUUUCGUUUUCCAUUACGUACCAAAGAGCAGGCUAUAAAAAGUGAAAUCAAGCAAAUUCAUUACGACAACAAACAAAUGAAAGAGCUCCUGAAGCUUUUCGCCUCUGGUGCUAAGACUCUCCUUCUCUUCACGCAAAAUGUACGUCGUGUCAGCAUUUUUCACCUGCCGGAAGAUUCGAACUCCUCCAAGUCGCCUAUGUUACUGCUUGAAGUAAACAAAUCCUUUUAUCGUGACGGAAUGAUAAGGGAACUGUCUGUUCCAGUUACACUUCCACCAGCUGCGAGGAGCCUCAGUGGAGAAGAGCAGUACCUUUUGCAACAGUGCAAUUUUUUACGUGCGUCGUCCGAAGUCACCAAGAAUUUUAAACAUUCCAUUACCUCCAAUUCAGUUUCACUCAGUUCUGGGCUCACGAUUACCAUCCGGAGUACCACUACUGAGGCUGGAAUAGCAUUUGUCGAAGGCAAGGACCGUUCACGAGAUGAGUUGGAGAUUUGGUGUGUUGCCUCUUCCAUGGGUAAAGGACAAGCAAUGCAAUUUGCAAAGGUUGAUAAGAGUCUACUCCCAUCAGCGGGGGUAGCAGCCAAGUUGAUCCCCGACAAGCGUGGAAAACUCUUACCCGUGCCUGUCGGCCAUUCGAUCACAGAGAAGGUGCAACAACCCAAGGGAAGAUUGUUCUGCUACCUUCCGCUCCCAAUAGUUAGUGGUUUUCCAGUACAUGUAAAUGGGGCAUUUGCUGUAGCGUCUAACAGACGAAGCUUGAAAGAGAAGACAUUUGACGACAAGAAUUCAAUGGGAGUUGAGUGGAACAAUCAUCUUAUGCAAGAUUCAAUUUGUGAGGCAUAUCUUGACCUUCUCCAAGACGUAAAGAAGAUGGCCGCUGAUUCGUAUCUUUAUCACUUGCUGUGGCCUAGAGCUUGUAAGGUAGAUCCGAAUUGUGAGCCUCUCGCACGUUCAUUUUACCAACGUUUGACUAGUGGAAGCUAUGGUCUCUUUUCUGAUGGGAGGCAGUGGGUCGACCUUAGCCAGGUGGUCUUUCUUGAUCCAAAUUUUCGCCAAAUUCCGAUAAUUGGGGAAUUGUCCUUCGAAGUUCUAAGGAGAUUGAAAAAAGAAAAUGAGGUCAUCAUUGACCUACCAGCUGAAGUCCACCAGUCUUUUCUUAAGUAUGGCCUUGCAGAAGAAAUCCAGAAUAAAGGCUACGACAAGUCAAGGUUCUUUCAAGAAUUAUUCUUCCCAAACAUCGCCUCUAUAGCAACAGACCUGAGGGAAAAGUUGGUUUUAUACACUCUUGAUGACAAAAAUGGAGAGUUUGACAGUCUGAUUAAGAAAUACGCUUGCAUUCCCGCCUCACCGGAUGGCCAAACUCUAAAGUGUCCAGCUCAGCUUAUCAACCCCCAUAAGGGAGCCGCCUUGCUCUUUAGUCCCGACGAUAAAAGAUUUCCGUUUGGCACAAAGGAUACUUUUUUGAAUGGCGUACGACUUGUCAAGCUUGAACAACUUGGGAUGUUGACAGACAGCCUUACAUGGGAAGAAGUUGUAGAGAGGGCGGAGAGCAUUACCGUUCUAAAUAGGUUCUCUAGUACAUCUGCAUUAAAGCGCGCUGAAGCAUUGAUGGCUUAUCUAAAAAGAAAAUUGAUAUAUGAAAAGGAAAACUCUGUACCCGAUGAUGUUCGAAACAAACUGAAAAAAGCCAGCUUUCUUCCUGUGCUUCAAAAACCGGAAAAAUUCCCUCUUCCUUGGAAAGGAGAUCAGCUACGUAGCGCUAAAGCAAGAUUAUUUGUUUCACCCGAAGAGUCCUAUCUUGAGAGCGAGAAGCAUUUAGUUUGUUGCAGUGAACCGAUAGUCGACAUGCAGAUCCCAGAAAGUGUGAAAACGUUCUUGGAUUUCGACAAACGGCAAGCCACCGUUGUUCAUGUUCGAAGGCAACUCGAGUUUGCCUCAACAGUGAACAUGGAUAUAUUGGGUUCUCCAGAAAUUGAUCACGUCGAAAGGCUGUGUUUAGAAUCUUACGGGUAUUUUCAGCGAUCACUCAGCAACGAAACAAUCCAGGAGAAGGAAGUAAAAGGGAUGUUUGAAGGACAAAAAUACAUUUUCUGUGGAAGGAAUUUCUUUUACCCUGAACAACUAGCUUUCAGCAAGUUGGAGCACGAUUGUUCUCCAUACUUACAUCAGCUUCCGCAUCACUUAGCAAGAUCAUUUAAAAAUUUAAUGAAAAGUGCAGGUGUGAAAGAUGUUUUUGAUGCCGAAGAUUACGUCACCUGUUUGACGCGACUGAAGGAAGCGUUUAAGGAAGAAAAGCUUGAUCAGAUGGGUCUUCGACUAGCGGUUAACCUGGCUCUUGAACUCGGAGAAAGCUCAAAACACCCUCAAGAAAAGCUCUUUCUUCCUGAUUCUAAAGGUGUAAUGCGACCUGCCAAUGAACUUUGCAUGAGAGACUGCCCUUGGAUGCCCGACGAAAUCGACGUUUUUUUCGUCAAUGACAUGAUUCCCCCUGCAGUAGGUUCCAGACUGGGUGUCAAGACACGACGCGAGGAAGCAUUAAAGCAUUUCUCCAGUGGCAUUCCUUUUGGACAGAAGGAAAAACUUACAAAUCGACUACAGCGAAUUCUUACAGCUUACCCAUGCGAGAAAGAAAUCUUAAAAGAACUUCUCCAGAAUGCGGACGAUGCGCAAGCGACCGAGAUUUGCUUCAUUAAAGACCCUCGACGUCACCCAAGCGAAAGAGUAUUUGCAGACUCUUGGAAACGCCUGCAGGGUCCCGCAUUAUGCGUGUUUAACAACAAACCUUUCACUGAAGCCGAUAUUGCAGGAAUUCAAAAUCUCGGGGAGGGCAGUAAAGGAGACGAUCCAAACAAAACUGGUCAGUAUGGAGUUGGUUUCAAUGCUGUGUACCAUUUGACUGACGCACCGUCGUUUGCCUCUAGAGGUGAAGAGAUUGGAGACGUUUUGUGCAUAUUUGAUCCGCAACGUAAGUACGUGCCAGGUGCAACCAGUUCUGAACCAGGAAGGAUGUACAGAAAUGUCCCAAAGUUGAGAAAAGUCUUUCCGGACGUUUUUUCCUGCUACAAUGAUGAGGAGUUUCCCUUACGCAAUUCAACAAUGUUCCGUUUUCCAUUACGAACUCUGGAAAUGGCGGAUAAUUCCAAGAUAUCGAAAUCACCGGUGACGCUUCAGGCAUUAGAUGAGAUGAUGUGCGCACUAAAGAAGGAACUUUUCGAAGUUAUGCUUUUUGUCAACAACGUUACAAAGAUUACUUUGUGUGAAAUAGAUCCGAAAACCGGGAAAACUAUGAACCACUAUUUCGUCGAGUCGAAAAUGACAGAGGAGGAUGCAGCGAAAAGGCAAGAGUUUGCGAGUCAUGUCCGACAGAUCGGGAAGUCAACUGGCCAAAGAGAUAACAUGUUUCCCAACAACAUUGAAGGGAAAAAGUGUUCGUAUGUUCUGAGGCUGCGAGACAGUAAUGGCAACGAGGAAAAGUGGCUUAUUGUACAACAGAUUGGCUUUGAUAACGUAGUGCAAGAAAGUAUUACAAAUGCUUACAGAAUGCGUGAUCUGGGAAUGCUACCACGAGGCGGAGUUGCUUGCCUUCUGGAAAAGAAACCAACAAAGAACUCGUCCAAAAAAAGGAAGAAAAGGGCUUACUGCUUUCUUCCACUUCCUUUAGAGACUAACCUUCCAGUCCACAUUAAUGGUCAUUUUGCAUUAGACCAUGAGGCCAGACGAAAUCUGUGGAAGGAUGAAACUCGUGGUUAUCGUAGUGACUGGAACAACGCUUUGCUAGAAGAUGUGAUUGCACCGUGUUAUCUGACACUUCUGGAUGAAGUUAGGGAGUUUCUUCACUUGCCAUCAGCGCCAGAUAAGGAAGAAUUUACUCUUCAGUGCACUGAAGAGGCUUUGUUCAGGAAGAUCGACGAAUACGAAAAGCUUUUUCCAUUGGUAGUUUCGGGUGAGACGUACUGGGUGACCCUGGGAAAAGCCGUGUAUCAGAAGAUGGACGAGAGAAGAUUGAGACUUCUGCCAGUGGUGAGAGGUGGUGGAGCAGAAGGUACUGUUUCGGAGCAUCGACUGACAUGGCUCCCUCCGACAGGCGAGGGGAGAGAAAAAGCGUUCUUCAAUAACCUUGCAGAAGGUGGUUCUUUCCCUAGUCAUGUAAAAGGUUUCCUCAGUAAAAGCGACAUUGAAAAAGAAGACAAAGGAACGCUUGAGAACAGAAAGAGAUUGGAAGAAAUAUUAUUGGAAACGGGCUUUAAUCUCGUAAAGUUCUCGUUAACUCUAAUGAAAGCAUUACACAAUUCGUGUGUAGAUUGUUCUUGUGUAUCACCUUCUGCAGUGGUCAGGUUCUACAAGACCUUCGGUGAUGCCGAACCCAUUUGCAAGAUUGGACCGAUUUCUGUUAACAUUAAAAAGAGUCCAUUUAAGAGUACUGACAACGUCUCACUCGUGUUGAAGUAUUGCAAGGGGGAUAUGAACUUCCUUGAAAACCUGCCAGGCCUCCCUUUACUUGUAACACAGGACAAUCAGUUACGUGCAUUCAGCAGUACUGAUCCUAAAUUUCUGUCGCGUCAUCACAGCAUCCUACCGCAAUGCAGAGAAUUGUUUGUCCACGAACGUCUCAGGAUACACAUCUUUGACGAUGCAAGGAGUCAAGAAUCAUCGGUGUUUCGGCAUUUUGGUGUACAAGACUUCGCCACUAACUUGAAUCGAUGCCUACCAUCGGAGUUUUUUACUGGAGACGACUAUUUUAGGUGGUGCCCGACGCAAGAAUCAGUGCCUAGUAAGCGCUGGGUGCAGGGUGUUUGGAAUUUCCUUUAUGAAGAAACUAAUUAUGUGUUGAAGAAAAUGGAGCAGACUGAAAGGGAGAGAAGCACCUCUGCAAAGCACGAAGGGGAAAUCAAAAGGAUUCAAAGAAUACUUCAACCUCUUUCUAAGUGGAGUAUCCUUCCGUGUAUUGAAACGAGACAAAUGACGUCAAGACGUGGAAGCAUCGUUGAGACACCAGAGCACUGCCUAGUGCCGUUGAGCCUCGCACAGUCUGUCCUUGACUUUACAUGUUACGAUGAGAAUAGCAAACCUCUUGUUGAAGCUUUGAGGCGGCUCAACUUAGCCGAAGUGAAUUACACCAUAUUGAGGCCAGAUUCUUGUUCUCUCGCACGUAAGCUGGUAACAUCGCUUAAAACACCAGAAUCUCUUCUCAAAUGUUUUGAGCAGAAAUUGAAGAAAACCCCCAACGCAUUUGAAGGCAAAUUGAAGUCCUCAGAAUGUCGCACUAUUUUGAAAUGUUUCAGUGACAGCGUCAAUAGAUUGGAGGAACGUGACAAAACCACACUGAAAAGGCUUCCUUUCUACCAAGCAACACAUGGCAAACUAACAAGUGUGGGUAGUGCAGAGGUUUGUGUCCUACCUAUUGACAUUCCACGGAAAGAGAUGGACACUCUUGGACUUCGAAGGAAAGUGACUUUUCUAGAAGCGAGUCGUUCACUGGCUCCCCUUUUUCAAUUUCUUGAAUUCCAAUGCAUUUCCUCAGUUGAUGUGUAUUGCAGCUUCAUUUUGCAAACCUUCGACAUUUUCAGUAAAGAGGCAAGGUUUGAUCACCUGGAUUAUAUCCGUUGUUAUAUUCUUCCGAGCAGGUCAAUCAAUGACAACGACAAGAGUAGGCUCCUGGCUUCUUUAAAGAACACGGCAAUCAUUACUUGCGAAGAUGGAAGCUUAAGGAAGGUAUCCUCCUUCUACGACCCCCGUAAUGAAGUCUUCAGAAUUAUGUUUGCAGAGGAUAAGUUCCCUCCGGAACCUUUUAAGGAUCAAAGUUGGCUGUUGUUUUUAGAAGAGACCGGGCUAACAUGUGAGGUCUCAAGUAGCCUGUUCACAAUCUUUGCCAACGAUGUCGCCCUUGAAGGAGCUAUACGACGUUCAGAGAAUACUGUCAAAAAGUCGAAAGUAUUGGUAAAGAACCUUUUUUGUCGACAGGAUGUAGUAGCAGAAGAGCUUCUACAGGCUGUGUGCGACAUUAGCUUUGUGGCCACUGAACCUGUCGAGGAAAAGUUUCGUCAGCUCCAUCAGCAGUUUGGUGAAGUAAGAGGUCAAACCCCCUUCAUUUCGUUCAAAGGAUCUGUGAUUGCAAAGCACACUGAGAUAGUUUGGACGGCGGCACCUCUGCUUCCACAAUGGGCACAUCCUUUGAACUAUCAGCACCAGAUUACAUUGUUAGGUAGAGUAAGUGUCAAUUACAACACUAUCUGUUCCUGUCUUCAGGUUCUGACAGAGCCCAACCUUGACCUGGUUAUCUCCCACUGCCAAAAUUUAUGCUUUAAGCUGGAAAAACAAAACUACAGAGAUGUACUGGAUGAGGAUAAAUGCACCAGAAUUUCAGUGAUGAGAGGCAUAUACGCGUUUCUUCAAGAAAAGGCCGUCUCAAACAUCAUUAAAACAGAGAGGCUGAAGGAUACUCCUUGCGUUUUGGUAGAAGAGGGAGGUCGUUUUGUUCACUCGAAACAAGUAGUCCUUGAAUUGUACGAAAAAGAUGAGAUUCGACCCUUUCUUUAUGGAAUGCCUGCAGAGUUAAGUGAGUUUAAAAGACUCUUCCAAUAUUUGGGAUGUUCCCCAUCUGUCAAACCGUCUCACUACGUCAUGGUUCUAGAUAUGUUACACAGGCGAUCAAUGGAAAAUAUGUUGGAACCAAAUGAGGUUAGUUUCGCUUCAAGAGCAGUGAAAGGUCUUUUUGAAACGCUUCAAGACAUUCCAAGUGGAAUGGAUGGUAUAUCUAAUCUGUACCUACCUUCUACAUGUCUAUUUAGUAGCAAUUUGGUCGUGGAGGUACCACCUAUCGUGUUGGCGAGGUCGACAGAAUUAAUUUUCGAUGACGCUCCAUAUUACCAUGAUCGAAUUCGAGAAUUUGACUUUCCUGUUGUUGUUGACCUUAGGAAGGCUGGAGUAUGCAUCAAGUCCAAUGCAAAUUACAAAGACCUGAUGAAGCUUCUUCCUGCUACUGCCCAACCUCAGAUGAUGUCCGAAGUUAUCGAAGAGAAACUCGUGGAAGAUGAUAGUAAUUCAGUUUUCGAAUUUGGAGCUGCAGACUCACUGAAGAAACAAUUUAGCUCCGAGCAGUUUUAUCGUGGAAUUGUCAGGCUUAUUCGUCACGCCAAUCAAGAUGGAGGUCUUGAUCAAAAUGAAGUCGCAGCUGCAAGGAGCAGUCUGCAAAACAUCGAAUUCUUUGGAAUGGGUCAGGUUGUUACUCACCUGGUUCAUAAUGGACAGGUCAUCCAAGGGAGUCAGCAGGAAGUUCCCUUCUACAUGAAGAAAAUUUCAGAAUGCGGUCAAGAGAUGUGGAAAGUAUACGUCAGUGCUGCGGAGAACGUUGAAGUAGUCAUGUCUGCAAUAUCAGUAAAGCUAUCAGAGGUGAUUGAACAAGCGUGCAGAGGACUGCUGGGAAAUGCUAUUCGCUACAUUCCUGAGAUGCUUCGUUGCGACCCAACUAUGAUAAGUUCCAUUUUAGAUAAGUUUAAGAUUCGUUCAGACGACUCCUAUGAUGCAGAAAAAGGAAAUCUACUCCCAGAACCAGGUAGUUUUAUUCCUCUUAAACUUCACAACCUCCUAAAUCCUGCUUUCAAAUCCUUUUUCCCCGAGGAGUAUGUUGGAUACGAAUUGGAUGAUCCCAGUCUUCAACUUCAAGAAGGAGAUGUAACCUACAUCUACGCUGUCAUUAUUGAAGAGGUGACGACUGACACACAAAGCCCCCUGACUAAACGUUUCAAAAUCAAUAUUGGGAGCAAGAGGGAACCUGUAAUUGUCCAGGCUUCAGAAUUAUACCAAUUUCACCGUUUUCAAGAAAUAGCAUCCUCUGCCAUGGCUCAGUUUGACCAACAAGAAAGCCCUCAGUCUACAAUGGAUAAGGGGACGAUUUUGAACGCUAUAUCCGAUAUGAUUGAAGAAGCUUGGGGACUAUCAGAAGAUAUGAAAAAACAGGUUUUCAAGCGCCUCAUCCUACAGUGGCAUCCAGACAAGAAUCCAGAAAACAAAGGGCUGUGCACAGAGGUUUUUCAACAUAUAAUGAGUGAAAUUGAAAGAUUAGAAAAGGGAGAGUUUCGGAGACGUGAAGGAUGCACCCCACGUGACGGGACUUAUCAGGGGUCUUAUAGUGCCUUCUUUUACUUCUGGGGAGCGCGUGCAAGGCAAUAUAAUUCAGAUCGUCAAGAGUAUAGUGAAAGAUUUGCCAGGCACCGUGGGUCUGGGAGUCGUAAUUCAUGGUCAUGGCGUGUUCCUCCUGACUUCUGUGAUACAAAUCCCCAGCCAGCAGAGGCACGGCGCUGGUUCAGACAGGCUGAGGCUGACUUAGCAGCUGCCGAUAACGACAUUGGUACUGCAAAACCUUCGUACGUGUGGGCUUGCUUCAAAUGCCACCAGGUAAGAACUCUGCCGAUUUAAAUCUUACUGACAAGUUGAAAAUAUAAACUCUCCGGACCACCUUUAUAUAGCAUUAAUUUUUACUGUUUUGGUUUUUGAAAAUUUGAAAGCGGAAAAAAUGGCACAAGCUCCUUUUGCUCUAAGCCAAAUGUUUCACAUUUAUAUGCAGAACUGAUAACCUACUGAUGUAGAAGGUAUACAAGUAGUAGCUCCAUAGCAAAAACAACCAAAAGAAAAGCGAUGAAGGUAAAACCAACAAUAGAAGCAUCAUCCCUCUUGCAACUUAUAAUAACGUUGUGCGACCAAACUUACCCAUCAAACCUAGGUAUAAAUGUAUGUAUGCCACGAAAAAGGUCGAUCAAUUUGAAAACAAAGUAUUGUUUGCCUUUAAUUGGAAGUUUGGUACUUAAGUGACGCAAAAGCUACCAAUAAAUAGUUAUAACGUCUUCUAGUGUUCUAGCAUGAUUAGAUGACGCUAAUUGUAAUCCACGAGAGUUUCAGUGUUCAAUGGAGAUUUCUAAUGAUUCUGUGCUAAUGUUGGAGGAAGUGGAAACGGUUCUUGCGGGGCUGCCUUUGAGCGAGCUUUCUUUUUCCUCUUAACUGGUUUUUCGUAGCGAUUGCAUUCGUAAUAAGUUUGAGAAGGAGGCACUUCGAUAUUUGGAGAGUUAAGUCGUACAUGCAGUUUCUGUGUUGUUUGACCACGAAAAAUCCUGAGGAUACAGCGAAAACAAACACAAAACCCAACGAAAUUAAUCACAGACAGUGUACAUGUGACAUAGUUAAGAUAUUUCCAGAAAGUAAAGUUCAUUCCUCUCCUCAUGAACAUGAAGAAAUAAACUGUGACGUGAAGUUUGAAAAUAUCCACAUAAAAAUCCAGAUUAUUAGAGAAAUGCACGUUCUUUGAAUGGCCGACAAUUUUUUUCACGUCUGGCUAGAAUGACCCGUAUUUGGAGAAUAAAUAUGUAGAUUUCGCCAAGCCUAAAAGAGGAGCUCGCAUUUUUUUCCCGCACGUCUCAAGGGCACAGCACCUUGCCCCGGCCAGGACUAGAACCCGGGUCGUCCGACUCGGAGCCCAGUGUACUGACCACUGGACUACUGGACAAAGCCGUGGCGUUGGCGUGCCCGCGGUACAGUUGACCACGCAUGUUAAAAGUAGCACCUUGUACGGUCGUACGGUCAUACGGUCGUGCAUCCAAUUUUUUCGGCUUGAUGGGUUACUAUUACUACUAUUUUGUAUAAUUAUGGGGCUGCGCGAACUCCGCUAGAAGUUAGUUAUAUGAGUUUUUCUUUUUUUAAUAUUUUACUUAAAGUGUUUUCAGUAUAGUCCCUUGAUUCUUUUCAAAUCAAAGGAAGGCAGUUUAUUGUUUGAAAUUUCCCCUAGGUUUUCCUGUUUUUGUUGUGGUUUUUUCCAUGGCAUUGAAUGUGCUUUUAAAAUGGUGUUAGAAAUACGAUCGGAAAAGUUCUUAUUAUGUAUAUAAGGAAUGUAAAUUUAAUAGUUACUUUUUUCAGGCUGCAGAGAAAGCAUUGAAGGCUGCCCAAUAUUCCGUAGAUUCUAACAAAACCAAUGUUCAUAACCUGGUGCAAAAUUCCCUCAAGCUGAAAGAUUCGAAUCUGACUUCGCUGUCCCGUGAUCUUGAGUCUCUCCUGGGUGACUCAACACGCAUGCGCUACCCGGACCAAGUUUGCUGUCCUCGUAUACCAAGCGACAUUUACACUCAUGAAAAGGCCUGUGAGGCAGUGCGAUUAGCCACCAAGAUACUUGAUAAUGUGAAGAGCAAAGUCCAAUAAGGUGCGAGCAUUCAUGUGCCAGAGUUUAUUUCUUUUAAGUCUUUUCCGCUGUUAUAGCGCGCGCAAAAAAAAAUUAAAUACAUCCAUGUAUACAUUACAGUGAACAGAUUGAACCCAAAAGUUAUAUUUGAUCAUGUAGUCAGAUCGUCCGGGUGAGAGUAGUCCUGAGAAAGACUGUUGUCGGUAGCAGUGACUGACGUUUCAACAACCUAAGCGGAAGUCAUCAUUACUGAAGUGAAGAGUUGUUGUGUAUGGAAGGGGGGGGGUUAGGUGAGGGUUAUAAAGCGGGCUAGUCUGUUUUGCUGUGAUGUUGAAAGCAUUGGUACCAUUGGUCAGUCGAUCUGUCGGUGAUGUUGGGUCGUUAUAAUAUUGCCGAUGAUCAGAAGUUAGACAAUACGAUAAUGAGUAUAAAUUAAUGCUCGAUAAGUAACAAAUUUUAACGGAUCUCUAGUCGUUAAAAAAUAUACCAAAAUCUCAUAAAUCGGUGCACACCUUUGUUUUGUCAUUUAAGCUCUUUUUUAACUCCUUGUAUUUUGUAUUUCAUUGCAGAAGGAGCUACUCUUUCAUCCUGAUGUGGCACCAAUUACAAAGAUGUUUUGCAUGAAGAGAUUUCUGAAUGUGCUUAGAUGCUUUGGCUUAGAUUAGAACGAUAGCUCUUAGUCAUGCUUGUAUUGCAAUAGUUGCUAUGUUCCAUCGAUGUCCUACAAAACUAGGCUGACAGGUUAUAUAGCUGAGCUUAAAUAAGUGAGGAAACGAAUUGAAAAUACAUGUGAUAAUUGGUAUAUUUCAUCGUAAUUUCAGCGUAGAAGUUUCAGUAUCAGUUUUCUCUGUCUAAUAUCAAAAUCCGAUUAAUUUUUGGUUUUUUUAGUUGUUUGGGAAGGAUGGAAUUUACGGUGUUUUUAGAAUAUCAUUGGUAACAAGCUAGUCUUUCCAGAUCAGAUCAGAUUUUUCCUUCAGUGUGUUUUUAGUUAAAUGUUUACGUUAUCCGGCUUCACAUUAGUGUUAACUCAAUGGCUCCUUAAUUUGUGUUCAAAUAUAAACCAGUCUAUUCUUUGAUUGGAAUGAGCUUUCUAACAUUUAAGCAAUAAUUCAGUUGAGAAUCCAGUAAUUUUUUUUCUAAUUUUUUCAUGGAUCCAGGUUCGUCUAUGCACAGCUUUAUGUAUGAUCAGCGAUGUUACAGUAGAAUUAAUAACAUUUUAUAGCUUGAACAGUACACUUAUUCCUUGCAAAUAUAACUCUUUAAAGGAGACAGGUGAAAACUGUGAGACUUAUAAUAAAGAGUUAUGAAUGGCAUGUUUGGACAUUUUGAUCUGGUUUUAUUCAAGGGUGGCCUACGUGUAGCCGUACCCUUCCCUCCAAGGGAAAAUCUCAACGUCGAUAGCUGUUGUCCUUAGAGUAGGCCAUGAAGACACUCCGUCCGCCAUCUUGUUUGUUGGUAGGACAGAAAACAUUAAGUCUAGCCAGUUAAUCAGAAUUCACGAAAGUAUCGAACCAAACGUGAACCGACACAAAGUCAUUACAUAUUUUUCUUGCAAAGGAGUGACGUCACGGAACACGACUAUUUUCAGGUUUUCAUAGACGUUCCCUCGCCUCCGUUUCCCCUUGAAGGGGAGGAGAGUAUGGCUACACCUAGGCUAUUCAAAGGUGGACUUUUCACGUGUGUGCGCGUGCACUAGUUUGUUUUUUGAUUUAUUUUGUUUGUUUUGUAGAUGUGCGAAUUCCAUUCCUUUAUUCAAAUAGGUCACAGAUCGGAGCUGAUUCAAAAUACACGUUCUAGCCGCAGUAGAUGGAGGAUUAUUUGUGUUCCAACCUGAAAGAGGAAAACAAAAUAGUAAACGUAGACUUUCUUCGCCUUUGCGUCAGCCACACCGGCUUGAACGGCCCCUGCAAGAACUAGCGAACUAAAGUGAUCAGGAAAUUGUUUUAAUACCGCAAAAUUAUUUUUUUUUCUUCCGAACAAAGUGGUCCUUUAGUUCAAUGAAUGUAGUGAUAUCAAAGGUUCGAUUGAAAACGAAGCCUUCUAUUAACAGGGUUGAAUUUUUGUGGGUGAAGUCAAACGGGGAAAAGACGCGCGUUUUCAUAUGUCCAACCAAAACCGAGCAAGGUGACCCCCCUUCCCCCUUCGAUUUCACAUCCGACUUCCUCGUAAGAUUUUGUACAUCUCCAUGCAUGUUACAACGUAUUUAAUCAGAAAUCUAUCAAAGUAUAAUUUAAGCCUUAGUGUAGGAACAAAAGGCCGUUGGGAACCAAUUGGAUUCGAUUUGUCAUUUGCAAAUCAAUCAUAGUAAUGGUGAUGAUUAUAGUGGUAAUAACAAUAGUGAAAAUGAAAAUAAUAUUGAAGAUUUCCAAUUAACAGAGAUGUACUUAUUUGAAAGGAAAGGAGAAACCGAAUAACUAGACGAAUAAGGACCAAAAAAAAAAAGAAAGAAUUCCUCUGCAUUUAUGCUGACGAAGGCAACAGAUCACGGCACUAUAUUACGAUAUUCUGGCCGAUCUUUCUUAUUUUGCUAUUGCUAAGAUUACGGGACUUAGCCGCUUUGAUUUAUGCUGCCUGUUAUACACCUCUCUAUCUCGCUCAAGUUGACUCUAAGGGGUCCUCGCCUAAAAAGCAACUUGUCUUUUGCAAUAACAAAAUGCUCACCUUUCCCAGCUAAGAACACACUUGUAAAGUGGAGUAAAAAGUUUUUUUCCUUUUUUUUAUAUUUACAAAUAUUCUGUUGUUGUGAUAUAGCUGGCAAGUGCACUCUGGGACAUAUAGAGUAAGUCAACCAUCAAAGACAAAAAAUACGCUUUAACUUAUACCUUUGAAUUCAGUUCUUUUAUUAAAUAGAUGAAUCGAAAGUGUACUCAGUCAAAUUCGUGUCACGUAUCAUGCUAAUGAUUACAAAGGUGGCAAUGAUACCGUGUGAUAUCAGGUCAUUGAAUUCCUAUCGUGGGAUAUCAGCACACAGAAAACAAGACCUGAUUGGCUUUAUACAAAUUUGGGUUCACUAAGCACGCUAUACUUAUAUACUCAAACCUUCGAUUAACGAUAUAUCAUGCAAACACACGUGCAAUGGCACGUGCAAUCGUCCAUUGUGAUGCCUUUUUUUUCGGCUGAUGUCAAACAUAUUCCUUUUUGACUUUGUACCAUAAGCGGCUUUUAGGUAGAAUGGACUAUUUGCAUAUCACAUGAUUUGAAAAAAUUUUAUUGAAAAAUUCAAGUUUUCGCACUUUUGCGCAUACUUCUUUAGCCAGCUUGCUAUAUAUGGCGCAAUUUAGAAAUAUCAAAGAAGAGUGAGUUUCUCGUCAUUUUCGAUUGUUGAUGAAUUGCGAACAUCCGCUUUCUCUUCUUUAAUAUGGAGAUGAAGUUGUAGGUUAUUUCAGCAUUGCUUUACACUUUUUUUACCUUGAAGCAUGCUUAAGAAACGACUGGGGAGGCAUUACCAGCCCUGAAAAAGAUUCUGUCAAGAUCAGCUUGGGUAUGUUCACUAAGCACGCUAUCCUUGUAAACUCAAAUCUUCGAUUAACGAUAUAUCAUGAAAGUACAAGUGAAAUGUACGUGGCUCAUUGAUAUCAUUAUCUAUAUUUUGCCUUUCAUAAAUGCAACAUUUAGACAGCACAAGUAAUAAGGAUUGACGACUCAACUCGGCAACUUCAGAAAAACUAGGGCAUCAUAACGGUGAGUGAUUAUAUCAUAGAAAGAAGCAAACGAAGGGUGCGUUCCUUCGGGAGAAUUUGGAUCAGGAUUUCUGAUCUGUGGCGUUCCUUUCGAGCAAAUCCAUUUUUAGAUCAGUGAUCAAUCAAAUCCACUUUCGACAAGGAUUUAUCGGAUCACUGAUCUGCGCAAUCUAGAGACGGGUCAUUGAUCCAACGCUUUCCUUUGGGCGAAGGGUCCGAAAUUAAUCGUUUUUCCCAGCGGUGCUCAGUUUAAAAAAAGUAGGUUCUUCAAAUAUUGACCGGAAAGAUUGUUGGCUAUCACUCCACAAAUUCUGCGAUAAACACGAAAUAAACUCGGUUUUGUAAUGUUAAAUUGAUCAUCCACUGAUCGCAGGUAUUCAGGGUUGCCAAGUAUCCAGAUCGUAGUCAAUACUUGCUUCUGUAAGUCAAUUGUAGGUCUUCCCCCAUUCCUUUGUCCAUGAGGCAGACCAGAGCAAGUAGCUAACAGGCGUUCCAAGCUGCUGACUGUAGUUCUUGACAUCCGAAAAUGACUUCAAAAUUCUGAAACAUUGUAGAGUGGUUUAAUACGUUCGAAAUAAUCAUCCUUGUGGACAUGGCUCUGCCUCUCCCCUAUCUAUAGAAACAAAAGAAAUUCGUCAUCUUCACAACUUCUCGCUUCUUGUAGUAUUGAAUCAUCGGAAAGUUCCUCUAUUAACUAAACAACAGCUGCUCUAUACAAGACGGCCAUAUUGUUUUCCUUUUUGAAUUUAGCGCGCGAUUCUGCUGAUGGUUCAUUUCUAGUACACUCUUACCAAUUUGAUCGAUAGACACCGACUGGAAAAUAAAAUGUGGACCAUCAUUGCAGGUGUAAUUUUCUACAAAAGUAUAAAGCUUGGGAAAUAUUAAAAUGUCUUCUCUUUUCGCGAGUGGCAUGAUCGGUUGUUGCUUUGUUGUUUGUUUUAAUUUGUGUUCUGUAAGACUACUUUUUUUUAACUUUGUGCCAUAAGCGGCUUUUGGGUAGAAUGGACUUUUUGAAUGUCACAUGAUUUGACAAAAUGUUAUUGAAAAAUUCAAGUUUUCGCACUUUUGCGCUUAAUCUUUUAGCAGCCUGCCACAUACCGCGCAAUUUGGGAAUAACAAAGAAGAGUGAGUUUCUCGUCGUUUACGUUUGUUACUGAAUCGCAAACAUCUUCUUUCUUUUUCGUCGAUACGCUCUAGAGUAACGGAGAGAAGUAAAAAGCAAAACGACGAUUCUGAAUUCGGCCUAGGAGAACUAGUGUCAGGUGGGACAACUUUUUUGACCGUUUCAUGCUUGCAGAAGAAUGGAAGGAAAAUUUCAGAAUGGGCCAAGACAAUUUUUACAAGUUAUGUGGUGAAUUAACACGGUUCAUCGAAAGGAAAAUAACGAACAUGCGACUUCCGGUCUUUAGGUCAAACCAAAAACACUUUUUUGGUUUGACCUAAACGGUUGGAUAGGUUUCGUGUAAACACCUCGAAACCGUGUUGUUUUCGAUGCGGUUUCGAGGUCAUGAAACCGUUUGGAUUGGAAGCUGCGUCCGUGUAAAUGAUGCCUUAGUACAUUCGAUUGUAAACUAUGAUUCUCUUGACUCUGAUGAUGACUUCUGCUUAAGUUAUCAAAACAUCAGUCACGUCUAAUGACAAAACAGCAGUUAAGAUGGAGAUAGGUACACUUUAUACAGCGGCUGCACAUGGUGAAAUUCGAGCAUUCUUAUGCAGCUGAAUCCGUGAGGCAAACAUUUUCGUAUGUUUUCCUCGAUGCUUGAAAAUAUUUUAAAGUACUUAAUCAUUGAAAAAUAAAUAUAAGAGUAAGAAAUUGAAUAUCCAAUAAAAAAGGUAGUUGUUUAAGGCAGUUUUUAUAACCUCAUUCCCUUUUGAACAACAGUCAUUACUUUGUUGUUUAUGCGAUUCCCAGAAACUCUAAAUAUCAACCUUCAGACAGAGCUUGUCAAUUUCUGGGAAUUCGUUUCCUUAAUACUCCCCAAUUCCGAGAAACAGAACACUGUUUUAAUUGUCUUACGUCGGUGUUUUGGAAAGAUAGUAUGCAUCUGAUAUAAAUUCGCGAGGCUCUUCAUAUAUCCAAAAGAUUUAAUAAUUUUGCCUACAUUAAAUAAAAAGAAACGCCCAACGAUCGUGUUAAAAUUGUGAUAUUAUAUCGUGUUAUCAUAUAUCAUUUUCGAUCACGUGACGUCUGCUGAGCCUGAGGAGGAAUAAAUAAGCUUCGCAAUGCUAUAAAAAGCCUCAUCUGAACACAAUUUAGUACGAGGAAGCAGAUGACUACUUGAAGGUAAGUUUACUUCGGAGUAUGGCUUAGUAUUGAGGUUUUUACUCAUAAACACACAGCAGCUCGGACUUACAUGCUUAAAAUACCAGGCCGCAAGCAGAUUAGUAGAACUGAAGAACAGCUUGUCAAUGGCGUAUAUAAUGUACGAACUCAAAUGGCUGUUUCGAUUCGAGUACAUGUUUCAUCUAUAAGUUAAUACCAGAGCAAGGAAAUAAAGUAAGCAGAAUCCUUAAUUUUUUUAGGCCUUCGCCCAUAUAUAUCAUGUACGGCGUUACAAAUAUGUUGUUUCUAACUUACUCAAUGUGUUUAGUGACAUAGCUGAGCGAAGAAAUGAUUUCCACGAAAACCGGCAUAAAUUUAAACUACCAAUUCAAUACUACGUCUGACUUGUUUUCAACCAUAGUGAACAAAACUGGUCUUUUUUGUACUUGUUUAUUUACGAACUCAAAUGGCCCGCGAUCGGUUUCGAUCCAAGUAGAUGUUUCAUCUACAAGUUAUUAUCAGAGCAAGAAAAUAAAGCACGCGGAAUCCUUAAUUUUUUCAGGCCUUAACCGGCGUUACAUAUAUACGAUGAACGGCGUUACAAAUAUGUUAUUUCUUACUUAUUCAACGUGUUUAAUGAGACAACAGAGCGAAGAAAUGACUUCCACGAUUACACGGAAUAAAUUUAAACUACCAAUUCAAUUUUACGCCUGACUCUUUAUCAACUUCAGGUUUGUUUUCAUGUCAUAAAAGACGAGUUAUAUACUCAUCAUAUCGUAUGUUUAAAGUCGAAUUGAAGGCCGAUCCAUGGUGAACAAAACUGGCCUUUACGGCACUUAUUUACUUCUCCGAGAAUGUUAUAAAACAUCACUCAUUACUAAACACGAAACCGGCUCUAGGGCUUCACUUUAAAAUUAACACUUCACCGUCACAUUAUAUUAUAGAGUUGUGAAGAUCUUGCCUGAAAGAUCAUUCAGUUCGUCGGGAAGGUAACUAUUAAUACAUUUACGCCUAAUUUUGAAUUUUGCACGAAUUUAAUUACAAAUAAUUCGUUGCUGUGUAUAUUUCUUAGAUGGAAUUGAUUGUGACUUAUUUCAAUUUAAUUGAAUUACGGUCUGCUCUUAGGAUUUAUUUUUAUGGAUCAAAUGGAUUGACCCCUUUUAUUAUGGAAUACAAAAUCCAUAUUGGGUGCCUUUUCAUAGAUGUAAUCAUGAUGAAAUUAGUGUUGAAACGUUGGGUCUGUUUUCUAUACCUUUUUUUUAAAUAAAUGAACCCCUUUGUUAUAAUUUCUUUAGUUUUCUCUCCUUGUGCCUGGAAGGGUAAUUAUAUGCAUAAACAGUAGGCAGGAUAGUCUAUCAAUCAUCAAAUUCAGAAAUAUUCAUGUGAAAUUCAUGUGUAAUUACUGUACUUGUGGUUUGUAGACUACUUCCAAAUCAAGAGGAUUGACUUAAUUCAGUUCAGUGGUUCUGACCUCAUUUGUACUAAAAAAUUGACUUCAUAUAAGUCACAAUUUUCAUUAUUUCAUACUGGCUCUUUACAAAUUUGCACAUGGACUCAAUCAGGGACAAGGAAAAGUGAUGUGCAGUACCAUUACACAGCAUACCAUCCCUAAAUCCUUCCCAUUCUGCAGCAGAACAAAUGAAAUUAACGAAUAAAAAAUGAAAACUGCAUCUCUGUAAAUUUAAUAAACAGUUAUAAAGACAGGACAAAACUUUAAGAUAUCCAAGUUACAAUGGCCAGCACACCAUCAAAUACUAAAAGUUAUAAUUAAGUAAUAAGCUGGUAAUGUUGAACUGUAGCCUGGACUUUUCCUUAUUGUGAUAAAGCUAUUUUUUAACAUUCAAUUUAGAUUUUUGUGUUAAUCUGUUUCUCUGGCUAAAAAUACAAUGAUAUAUAAUUAUUUUUCCUAUGUAUGAGAACUCACAGAAUUUUGCAUUUGUUCAUCAAAAAUUAAACAUCUGACAUACACAGGGGUUUUUUCAAACACUGGUUAUUAUUUUUUUGUUAGGUUGGGUUUUUUUUUUGUUCGAAAUAUACAUUCGAAUAACUAAGAUUGAAUAUUAGAAAUCAAUGCUGAUGGACAUUAUAAUAUUACUUAAAAGCUUCAUUUAGUUUCUUGUUCUCUUGGUAAUCCAAAUUAGCUACAGGAACCAGGAUAUGCUCUCAUAGAAAUGGGCCACUAAGCUGUGAUCAUGCAAGGGUUGCCUGUGAGAGAAAACCCUCUGACCCAUCCCUUCCUACACCUUCCUGUUCUUUGCCACUAAGAUUCAAUCCUCACAGUUGUAUUGAUUAUGGCAGGAGAGUGUGGAUUCUCUCCCUCCCCUUCAAACUGCAAAAAAUACAUAAGUGUGAUGGAUAUAUCUAGGAACUUGUCCUGGGCAACCCAACCACACUUUACAGUCCUGGAUACAUAAUGACCUUAAUUAUCUUUCACAUUUCUCUAUCAGAGCUGAACCACUUUCAUGACCUCAGCAGAGUUAUCACACCCUAAGAGUAAGUAUUCUUAGACAGACUGCAGUCAUCAAUAUAUUCUCAGGAGUGCCCAGUCAACUUUUCAUGGUCAUUCAGAAAUGGAUGGAUAUAUCUUGCUUGAGUCUCCAUGCUUUGUUUUCGAUAGAAUUUGCACUUAUACUUGACAACAACUUUUUAUUACCUUGCUGAGCGCAAAACAGUAUAUAGUAGUGUCUUCGUGAACUGGAGUAUAUGUCCUCAGAACCCCAGAAUUUGGCUACUUAAAUGAUUUGAAGCACUUUGGCAAUGUUCAAUCAGAAUAAAUUACAUUUCCUAAUCCAAAACGUUUGUAAGAUGGGUAUCCCUUCUUCUGUUAGAACCUGUUUGAAGAUAUUUUCUGUUUUGUUUUCUUUUGAUUCUGUUUUCUUCGUUUUUUCUGCAAAGAUAUGGUUUUCGUUGUUUCGUCUGUUCGUUUAUUUCUUGAGAAGCACUUUGUUUGAUAAUUAUAUUUCUCAACAGUGGAUGUAGAUGAUGAUUAUAACAGCGAGAGCGAUGAUGAUGAUGAUGACUUUAACCUGAUCCAGCCAUCACUGUUCCAACAAAUAAAGACCAUCCUCGAUCAGUAUCCGGAUGAUGGACAGAUAUUGAAGGUAAUUAAUGAAAAGGAUUAUAAUUGUUUGGGUUUUGACUGACAGCUAAUGAGUUUUUAAUAUAAUCAAACUUCAACAACUACCACUGAUCUACUAUUUUGGGUUAUCCUUACCUUAAAGAGGUUGCUAAACAAAUAAUUGUUUUCAGAACAGCACCAAACCUAAAAUUUUAAUGAGGCUUGAGAUACAACAACUGUGCUGAUGACCACAGUUUCGUUUCAUAAAUGCAGUCACGUUCAGAUUCAAUAAUCUCUUUCGUUCUGAUUGCCUUUUUAAUUUUUUUCAAUUAAUUAUUCGAUCGGUUUUUUUUCUACUACUUUUUCUUAAAAUAGGAAAUGUUGUUGAUAAUUGCGGGUAUGAUGUUUUCUUCAUUUCAGGAGCUCAUUCAAAAUGCUGAGGAUGCACGUGCGAGCCACGUGAAGUUUCUUUACGACAAACACAGCUACAGCGCUCGAGAAGAGAAGCUUUAUAGCGGAGGGCUUCGUCAGUUUCAGGUAUGUUGACGAAUAAAUUUCUCUUUCAAAAGGUAUUGAUCAAGAGUGCUUUUCACUUAAGUGUGACAGCACAAAUCCUUCGGAAUAAAAACUUUUUCAUGAGAGCAAGGAUUAAACUCAAGCGGAGUCAUGGAACUAUGGCAUCGUUCUUUAAAUAUACUAGAACAGCUGCAACUGCAGAAAAACUAUCGUUAGUGCACAAGACGCAAGAACAACAUGCAACUGGCUUUGUAUCCAAUUCUUUGAAAGAUUGGCGCGAACUUUGAACAUCAGAUGCACAGUCAUGUGACAUAACACUUACUUUAAGUUGAAAAUUCCUCUGGUAAACAUGGUAGCGAAGUAAUGUGAUAAUUUGACGACGCGAUGGUCGUCUAUAAGUUUGAUUACGAGUAAGAAUUUUUUGAGUAAAGUAACCACUUAGACCUUCAUAUUAUUCGGUCUUAGUCAAACCAGUAAAGGGAGUGUUCGGAGAGAUACAUCUUCUGCGUGGUCUGAAUUUCAUUUGAUCACUAUUCCGUAUGUCCUCGAAGAUACUUCCAGUCAAUGGAAUGACCCUUAAGAGAGUGGACGUGCGGUAUAAAGCUGUGUUCUGCCCUUUUUUAUGAAUUGUCAUAGACGCUACGAGAAAGCAUUGUUGUUUGGAUUAGGCCACCGCUAUCCUGCCUUUCUUAAUAGGGCUAACUGUGAUAAGAAAUUUAUGACUGAUAAUAUUUUUUGGAUAAAAAAACCGAAAAAUGAACUUGCCUUCUCGUUAGCCGUUUGGUCGAUGAGAUCAAUUUGUAACAUCUGUUCUUGCUGUUAAUCAAUGCUGUGUUAACAAGAUCUAUUUAUUAAUCUAAAGGGGCCUGCACUUUAUGCAUACAAUGAUGCAAAAUUCACUAAAGACGACUGGAGAGGCAUACGAAUGCUUUGUGACAGCGUCAAAGUCAAGGACCCAAUGAAAGUAGGACGGUUUGGCCUCGGUUUCAAGUCUGUUUUUCACCUGACAGGUAAGGGGGCCACUGGCACUCGUCGAAUAUGAAUAACAGCCUGGUCCUCUGUUUUGAAAAGAAUCAGUUACAGAUAAACCUAACGGAAUUCACAUGCGAUGUAUAUUAUUUAUUGAAUUUGACGAUUUCCAAAUAGUCAUCUACUUUUAUUUAAACUCAUCCUCGUCAGAUUGUUUAAAACGAUAGUAUGCUUGUAAAAUGAUUUUCCGCUCUGUUACAAUUUAAUUGGCUUAGACAUGCUGGCGAAUAAAACUUAGAAUAAUAGUUGAAUAAAGCAUAACUUGUCUCACUUCUGUAUACAACUGGACAUAGGAAUCUGAAGUAUCAGAAUAAUAGUUUGAUACAGUAGGAAAACAACUGGGAAACUCUUCCCUUUAUUACAGAUUUACCGAGUAUUCUGAGCGGCACAAAAGUUGGUUUCAUCGAUCCCCACGAGGACCACUUCAAUAAAGGACGAAGAGAAAGGAGAACAGGAUACCGUUGGCACCUGCGCAAAGACCGUGAAAAUAUGAACAGAAUACCUGAUCAAUUUCUUCCCUACAAAGGAAUAUUUGAUUGCACCGAGGACGUCUUUCUUGAGGGACGUUACAGAGGAACGUUGUUCCGCUUUCCGUUGCGUACUGACCCAUCUGAGCUGUCCCAAACAUUGUACUCUGACGAAAAGGUGGAACAUCUGUUUGCGAGUUUUUGCGCCGAUGCACACUUUGUGCUCCUGUUUCUUCAGCAUUUAGAAUCUGUAGAGCUUUUCGUCCGAGAGAAGUCAGAAUCCGAGCCACGAAGAAUAUUCCAAGUUCAAAUCAGUCAUGAAAGUCUUACAUUUGUUCGUGAGAAGAGACAAGAGUUUUACGACGCGAUCACACCAGGCAAGCGUAUGGCAGAACCUGUGACAGUGACGUAUCCAAUUACAAUGGUAGUCCAAUUUUCAAAUGAAAACGUAGAACGUCAUUCUUAUCUCGUGACAAGUUACUGCAGCGGAGGUGAGGUCUCGUCCACGUUUGAAAAGCUUCUGACAGACAAAGAGCUAAGUUAUCUACCUUCAGUUGGCGUUGCAAUGGCAAUUCCAUCAGAGUCCACUUCAGAAACGCCCAACAUUCGAGGUCACGUGUUUUGCGCCCUCCCUUUACCUGUGCAGAAAAAGAGCUUAACUGGUCUUCCGGUGCAUGUGAAUGGCUUUUUCUCAUUAAGUCAGAACAGACGACACAUAAAGACACCGAAUGCAGACCAAGAAGAUCAAGAGAAACUAACUGACAAGUCUCUGUUAUGGAACACCUGCCUUCUGGAAGAAGCUCUACCUCAAGCGUACUCCACAUUGAUAAAGGAGGCCAUUGAUCAUACAAACUAUAAUGUUCCACCAGAUGCAAUUUACAGGUAAACCUUGCACAUUAGCAUCAUUAAUGUUCUGUUAAGCAAAGAAUCAGUAAACAGUUAUUAGAUUUUUUUUUUAGAGAGGUCAUUAGGAAAUGUUCAAUGGGGCCGCUGAAAUUGCAAAGAAAACUAUCACUUCCCAAAGGAACUAAAAGUACAAUUCCACCGGAAAAUCCAAAGUUCAACGGCUAGCAGCUGUUUGGAAGAUGGGCUAAAAUUAGUCCUGUCAGAAACUCCUAAUGAGUUUUUGGUUGCGCUGAUGGCUCCCAACAUAUUCAAAUUUCUCCCUAAAUCUUCAAUCAUGCAAACCAUUCGAAGACAGAACAUUUUAGUUUCUUGAUAUAUCUGACUAGGUACGGACGUUCCAUGACUAGGUUCGGAGUUUGAUCUUUUGAUCAUGGCUUAAAUGGAUAAUGCGGUUUUGAAACAUCUAUUAGGGAAAGCUAGUAACUAUUUUAAGCUUCCCACACACUGCAAUAACUGUGCGCCUAUGGAUAAAAAAACACCAAAGUACUGCUUUUACAGGGUUGAAAUUUCAUGCUGUAAGACUGACAUUCCUACUCUAUUUUCACACAGAGCUUGGCCAGAUUGCGGGAAAGUGGAACCAACUUGGGAGAGGCUCCAGAAUCCCUUACUCCAAUCAUUGAUUACUGAAAGAGUAAUAUACACUCCUGCCCGUGGGGGGCACUGGCUGAAAGUUGACGAGGCCAUAUUUGACCGAAUUGAAGAGGAGAAGAUGAAAGAGUUGAUCGUGCGGGUUCUGCUUCAAGCAGAUCAAAACAUUGCCUCUUUGCCUGACCACGUAUUAAGCGCCAUAGACCAGUAUGCAGCUUUCUCUUCAGAAGUCACACCCUCCUCAAUGCGAAGAAUCUUAAAGGAAAUACCUACUAGCUACAAAAGUAUCUGUCACAAGGAAAAGUUGUCCCUUUUAAGCUUUGUUCUCGAAGAUGAUAACUUUCAAGAGUUGGUUGGCCUUGAACUUUUGCCUGUUUCUGACGGGACGUUCAAAUCUUUUACAAGCUCCGAAGUAGCCGUUUUCAUUACCUCGCCUGACCAUUCUCAAGAGCUGGUGCCUGGGCUUAAGGACAAAUUUCUUGACCAAAACGUUGAUGAAAGGACUUUAGGAAAACUUAAAGCAGUAGCUGAAAAAGGUAUAAUACUCCUUGUUAUGGGUUCAUCAAACUUGGUACAUUAGUUUAAGCCAAAGUAGUUUGCUGAAGAUUUAGACAAAAACCUGUUUCGUGUAGCACAGAAUUCCCUUUGAGGUCUUCAUUUUAAUCAUAGAAUCAGAGAGAACUAGAGAUUUUUAUAGGUUUUACAUUAGCUGUAAUCGCACUAAGCCCUGAAUUUUCUUUUAAUACAGACGUAAAAACACGGAAACUCAAACUGACUCACAUACACACACACACACACACACACACACACACACACACACACACACACACACACACACACACACACACACACACACACACACACACACGCGCGCGCGCGCGCAGUCAGAACCAAGUAGAUGUGAUGGCAACUAAAAAGAGAGGAAUUUUCGGAGCUACAAUCGCUUUCUUCUUAAAAAUGACAAGUUGCCUUAGUUAGGAGCUCUAAACUUCGAUAUGUUAUUUUCUUACAGGAUGCACUCAGUUAAAACUUCUUUGCAAAGUUGAUGUACCUGUUCUGCUGAGGGAGGCCUUAUCCCAAGAACUGCUAUCCAGUGACAAGGUUCGAUGGUACCCCGACAGUCAAAAGUAUCGCCAUACCUCCAGAGAUUGGCUCAGCAGUGUAUGGCGCUACCUAAGAGAAAAUUUUUCCACCAAAGAUGAACUAGCCAGCCUUGACGAAUACAACCUUCCUUUGAUUCCUGUAGAUCUUUACCAAGUACCGUUAACCUUAGUAUCACUGAAGAAAAAUUCUAAAGUUGUUGCGGAAAGGCUCAAUGAUGACCAACUUGAUGGCGCCGUGGUGAAAGUUUUGAUAGAGUUGGGUGUGGUGGUAAUGAGCGCGUGCCCUACAAAAUUCCAUCCGGAGUUAACGGGGACAUUUGUUCACCCACCUUCAAUCUCAGGGGUCCUACAAGCUAUGUUAGUUUCCUCCUUAACUUUGAGCCAAGGAAUGUUCUCUGCAAUUAUGCUUGAAAGGGUAGACGAUGCCUCCAAACGCUCAUUUAGGAAAUUUAUUUCGAAAAUUUCAUCUCUUCGGAAGGAAGAAAAGGAUCUUGUCUCUGAUCUCCCACUUUUUGAGACUCUCUCUGGGAACUUUGUGGCUAAGAAAGAUCACCUUUAUGCAGCGCCAGAGGAGAUGCCUCCAAUUUCUCCCAGAGGAGAGCUCAUUAACAUCAAAGAUGAAGAAUCCAAGAAACUAGCACAACUGCUAGAUAUCAGAAUUUUAACGGUAACUGAGUUGCUCUGUGAACAAAUUCUUCCUAACAUCAGCCAAGGGCAUUACUCGGGAAAGGAUAUUGACCGCUUAAUGUUCUAUGUUAUGGAGCAAUAUAAAUUUCUCGUUAGAAGGGAUAACAAUUUAGAAGCAAUGAUGAGAGAGUUACCCUUUGUGCCAAACAUCACUGGACGAGUGAAAGCCUCGCAACUGUUUGAUCCCCAAAACGAGCUGAUGAAGGCCCUUUUUACUGAUGAAGACGUAUUUCCCGUAGGAAACUUAUAUACUGACACAUCAGUCCUUCCAAUUCUAAAGGAACUUGGCUUGAAAAGCGAGGAAAUGACAACUGCUCAAGAUCUCCACCAGAGUGCUGUAAAGAUCCAAAAUCAGCCAAGCGUUUUAACAGCAAAGAAGAAGUCUCAUGCACUUAUGGAACACUUGAGCAAAAAUCCAAUGAAACUCGAAGAUACUCUCUCGGGUAAAACGUUGGGUUCGCUGCUUAAAGGUAUUUCGUGGGUGACUGCACUGGAAGAAAAGCCCAGAGAUUUUCCAAAAUGCGUUCCCUUUUGGGGGGAAGCUAAUAAAGGAAUGUUAUGCACGCCAGAGAACGUCAAGGGCAAAGAGUAUCUCAACCUGAUUGGCUCGGUACAACCUAUCAUGGAAGUAGACCAAUCAAGUCAGUUAUGCAGUUAUUUUGGCUGGAAUGAGGAACCACAAGUAUCUCAAGUGGUUUAUCACUUAGGAACUGUCGUCAUUCAUUACAAACACGAGGAGAGACCGCGAUUCAGUUUGCUUGUGAAAGAAAUUUACGAAUUUCUGUCUAACAAGAACAGGGGUGAUGUCGUGGAGGCAAUUCAGGAUUUGAAAGACCCUGGUUGGAUCUGGAAUGGCGACGGAUUCUCCCCUCCUAAUGCUCUCCUCUUGAACGACCAUUCCAUCGACCUUUCGCCUUACAUCUCUGUUCUUCCUUCAGAGAUGUCCAUGUACUUCGACUUAUUUGACUCUUUCGGCAUUAACAAAGACUGCAGUGAGCAGUUGAUGCUUGAUGUUCUUUCCAUGAUUAAACAAAAGUACGAUCAAGGUCUCUAUGAGACAUCAGAUGUGAAAAAAGAUCUGUCUUUGUGCAUUUCCAUCCUGAAUGAACUGAAGCCAGAUGCUAAUCGACAAUUAUCGCCUGAAGUUCAAGAGAAAGUUCUUCUUCCAACUUACGUAAAAGGAGAUACACGUGUUAACCUUGCACCAGUAAAAAAUUGCAUGUAUGGAGAAUAUGACGGAUCAGAAGGAGAAAAUGAGGACGAAGAGGUUGAAUUUCUGCUUGUGCAUCCAAACAUCUCUGCAGGAACAGCAGAGCUUUUUAACGUACGAAGCCUCAGUAACUGCCUGCUAGAACCAGAAGAGCUGACGUUGGGAGAAGAUUUUGGACAAGAGGAGAAGCUCACUCGAAGGCUAAACAGACUACUGGAGGAAUACACCGAUGGAUUUGCAGUACCCAAAGAGCUUAUUCAGAAUGCAGAUGAUGCUGGCGCCACGGAAGUACGCUUUUUGUAUGACGAGCGAACUAAUGAGGAUGCGAUAGACGGCCUCAUUGACGAAGGAAUGAGACACUGUCAGGGUCCUGCAUUGUGGGUUUAUAAUGAUGCCGAAUUCAAGGAUGAGGAUUUUGAGAACAUUACAAAAUUGAAUGGUGCAACGAAAGAGAAUGAUACCGACAAGAUUGGAAAAUUCGGGCUUGGUUUCAAUGCAGUUUACAACCUGACAGAUGUCCCCAUGUUUGUAAGCCGAAAUCAUUUUGUUAUUCUCGAUCCCAACACGUUAUACCUAGGGAAACAAAUUAGGAACAAAACGAAACCAGGAAUAAAGCUUGAUACCACCAAAAAUUCCAAAAGACUGCGAAAGUUUCGAAAUCAGUUCAGGCCAUUCAAUGGUAUCUUUGGUUGUGAUCUUCAUCUAAACCAAGACGACAACUCGUACAAAGGGACACUAUUUCGCUUUCCCUUACGAACUGAGCAGCAGGCUAUACAAAGUGAAAUAAAGAAACUUGUUUACAACCGGAAGCAAGUUCAGGAACUGUUGAAACGUGUCACUCAAGGAGCUGAAUCAUUGCUUCUGUUUACUCAGAAUGUUCGUCAUAUCAGCAUCUACCAUUUACCUAAUGAUGUAACUGAGCAAUUACAGCCCAGGAAAAUAUUUGAGGUCACCAAAUCAUUAUCCCAGGAUGGAGUAAGACGGGAACUGCCUGAUAAAAUUACUCUUCCAACCACUGCCAUGAAGCUGAGCACAGAAGAUCAGUUCUUAUUGAAACAGUGUAAUUUUCUGCGAGCGUCAUCUGAAGUCAGCAAGCUAAACCGUGGAUACAGCGAGUCCGCUCCUGCUCUACUUAGCUCUGCUCUGACACUGAAGAUCAAAAGCACCGUAUCAGAAUAUGGCAGCAGUUUCUUGGAAUGUAGCGUUUCUAGUAAUGAUGACAUUUGGCUUGUCGUCUCAUCUAUGGGCAAAGGUGCAGCGAUGCAAUUCGCAGAGAAAGACAGUAGUCUUCUUGCAUCAGCGGGGGUUGGUGUUAAGUUCUCAACUAAAGAUUCUCUAAUUCCAGUACCUGUUUGCGAUGAAACCAAAGGAUCAAAGGCAAAUGGCAGUGUUUUUUGUUAUCUUCCACUUCCCAUUUGUAGUGGACUACCUGUACACAUUAAUGGAACGUUUGCAGUUUCCUCAAACAGACGCACUUUGCUGGUGAAAACCGAAGACGAUAAGGCUAACUUUGGACAAGAGUGGAAUGAAGUGCUGUUAAAAGAUUGCGUUUGCUCUGCAUAUCUUGACCUUCUUGAAGACUUAAAGUCCGUUUCACAGGCUUCAAACAACGCAUACCAAUAUCACACACUGUGGCCAAAAUUUGCCGAAGUUAUGUCAACUUGUGAGCCCCUUGCACGUUCAUUCUAUGAAUAUCUUCUAAAUGGAAAUAAGGCUGUUUUUUCGGAUGGUAAGAGUUGGUUGGCCAUCAAUGAAACUGUUUUCCUAACGCCAGACCUACGUGAGGAUUCUCAAAUAGGAGACAUAUGCUUCGAAGUGUUCAAAUUGUUGGUUGAAGGUAAUGGAGCUGUGAUUGACCUACCUAGAAAGGUGUUUGAGUCAUUUCAGAAGUAUGGUCUUGAAGAAAAAAUCCACUGCCGAAGCUACGAUAAGAGUAGGUUCUUCUUGGAAUUGUUCUUCCCAGAAAUUGAUUCAGUGCCCCCUGAUCUGAGGGACAACUUGGUCUUGUAUGCCCUUGAUCCUCAAAGAGAAGAGUUCAGUAAUGCAAUGAAAACCUAUGCUUGCAUUUCGGUAUCACCAGAUCGUCAUAAGCUUAAAUGCCCCUCUCAACUAAUUGAUCCUCGUAGAUCUGCAGCGUUGUUAUUUUCUCCUGAAGAUGAAAGGUUUCCUGAAGAAGCAUUCAGGCACCCUCUUCAACUCCAUCAACUAGAGCAGCUGGGAAUGUUGACAGACGAUCUACCGUGGUCUGACGUUGUAGAAAGGGCAGAAUCCGUCCUAAGUCUGAGCCAAACUUGUAGCAAGGCCGCAUCGGAGAGGAUAAAAAGGCUUAUAGAAUUUCUCGAAAAAAAGUGUAAGAAUAAUAAAAAAUGCCUUCCCUCGACCAAAGAGAAACAACUCCUUUUAGUGACUAAAUUUCUCCCAGUUCUUACGAGGCCUCAAACCUUUCCCUUGGCAUGGAAAGGUAGUGAAAUGAUAUACGGGGAUAAACUAGCGUUGAUAUCACCAGCUCAAGGCUUUUUAAAGGAUAGCUUGUACCUCGCGUGCUCUUCCGCACCAAUCAUAGACGCUGCUAUCCCACCAAACGUGAAACGAUUACUGCAGUUCGAUAAACGAGAGGUCACAACGGAGCAAGUUAUAAUCCAGCUAAAUGAGGCCAUCUCUACCAAAUUUGAAGUCUGUGGUAUGGAAGAUGUGAGAAAAGUUUGUAAUGCAUGUUACAGCUUUCUUCAAGAUGUUCUUCCCAGCGAUGCAGAUCAAAUAGCCAAGUUUCUUGAAGGAAAAAAGUUCAUUCUUGUUGGAAACGUGUUUGUGUAUGGAAAUCGAGUUUCGUCAUCGCUACCCGUCGACUGUUCUCCGUACUUGCAUAGGAUCCCUGAGGAAUGGGUCAAGUACUCAAAGCUCAUGAAAGAAGGUGGCAUGAGAGAACAAUUUGAGGUGGAAGAUUUCAUAUCUACACUCAAACAAAUUAAGGAGGAAUUUGGAAUGCGAAAGGUGGAUAGUGGCACGCUGAUUGUUGUAUGCAACCUGGCAGCUCAACUGAAAAGAGCGUUGGAUACUACCGGAAAUCAUUUCACUCCAGAGCAAAGGAGGAGUUCAAUUUAUCUUCCCAACCAGAAGGAAAUAAUGCAACCUGUAAGUGAGCUUUGCAUUGAAAAUUGCCCCUGGAUUCCUGGUGGCCCUGGUAUGCAGUUUGUUUUUUCAGGUAUUCCUUGGCCAACAAGUCUCGCACUGGGGGUCAAAACCCUCAAAGAAGAGGCAGUAGGAAAUCAUGCGCGAGGACUUGCGUUUGGGCAAAAGGAGAAACUGACGAAUCGCCUAAAGAGAAUUCUUACAGGCUAUCCUUGUGGGAAAGAGCUUUUGAAAGAACUACUCCAGAAUGCAGAUGAUGCACAAGCAACUGAGAUAUGUUUUAUAAAGGACCCCCGUGUUCAUCCACAGGAGAAGUUAUUUCACAAAAGUUGGGAACCAUUGCAAGGACCAGCGUUAUGCGUAUACAACAACAAGUCGUUUAGUCAUUCUGAUAUCGAAGGCAUACAAAACCUCGGAGAGGGUGGUAAGGGAGGUGAUCCACACAAAACAGGGCAGUACGGCGUGGGUUUCAACGCUGUCUACCACCUGACUGAUAUUCCCUCGUUAAUGUCUAAAGGUGACGAGAUUGGUGAAGUUCUGUGUGUAUUUGAUCCACAUUGUCAGUACGUUCCUGGCGCCACUCCUCAAGAACCAGGGAGAAUGUACACAGAAACAUCAGAAUUGAAGGAAAACUUUCCAGAUGUGUUCUGCUGCUAUCUUGAAGAGACGUUUCCCAUUGAAAAUUCAACUAUGUUCAGAUUCCCUCUACGAACGCAAGAAAUGGCUGAUAAUUCGGAGUUGUCAUCCACUCCGGUUACGUUGGAAGCAUUGAGUAAAAUGAUGGAGGCUCUCAAGAAAGAGCUCUUUGAAGUUUUAGUUUUUGUCAACAAUGUGACGAAAAUCACAUUAUGUGACAUAGAUGAAAAAACCGGCAAUGUAACUAACUGCUACUCAGUGGAAGCAUCCAUUUCCGGCAACGAUGCUGCCAAGAGACAGCGGUUUGCUAACCACGUCAGACAGGUUGGGAAGUCAAUAGCGCAGAGUGAUGACUUCUCGUUCGGCCACGUUGGGGUGGAGAAAUGCAGCUACCUCCUCCACAUAAGUGACAGCCUUGGAAAUGAGGAAAGGUGGCUAAUUGUUCAGCAAAUGGGUUUCGAGAAUGAGGUUCAAACAAGCAUAGUCAACGCUUUUCGAAAUCGUGACCUUGGAAUGCUUCCGCGCGGUGGUUGUGCCUGUCCCUUGGAAAAAGAAUCUAUGAAAGCACAAAAGAGAAAAAAGAGAGCUUUCUGCUUUCUUCCACUUCCACUGGAAACAGAUCUACCGGUCCAUAUUAAUGGUCAUUUUGCAUUGGACCACGAGGCUAGAAGAAACUUGUGGAGAGAUGAGAACGGUGGUUAUCGUAGUGACUGGAACAACGCCUUGCUGAGCGAUGUUAUAGCUUCUUGUUACUUGAAACUUCUGGACGAGGUAAGGGGUUUUCUUCACCUUCCAACUUCGCCUACAAUUUCAACGUUUUAUCCGAGCUGUAGUAAAGAAGAAUUGAUUCAGAAGGUGAAAAGUUACGAAAAUCUGUUUCCCUGCACCUCUUUCAAUCCAUACUGGGCGAUUCUGAUAAGAUCUGUGUAUCAAGGAAUGAAUACCAAAAAGUCACGCUAUCUUCCAGUGGUAAGAGAUUCUCCAGAUGGCAGCAGUUGGGAUUUCGAACUUACUUGGUUUCCUCCUUGUGGCACUGGAAAAGACAAAGCCUACUUUAAUGACAUCCAAAUUAAGGGUUGCUAUUCUUCUCUGCCAGAUGGAGAAGAGGAUGAAACCACAGAGGAAACAAGAUCUUUACAAAGAACUAUGGAAUCAAUACUGCUUCAAACAGGCUUUAAUCUUUUGCAAUUUUCCUUGAAAAUUUUAGAUGCGUUUGAGAGUUCUAAGGUUGUAUGUUACCGUACAUCCCCUUCCGCUGUUAUUGAGUUCCUCAAGAUUUUCUUCACAAAUGUAACUUCUUUACCCACGGAUGUCGCGAAAACUCCAUUCAAGAACAGCGAGGGUGUGACACUGGUGCUACGGUACUGCAAGGACUCAUGCGAAUUCUUGUCGAAUCUUCCAGGUCUACCAUUGUUACUUACCCAAGACAACUGCCUCCGUGUAUUUAGCACAGAUUAUCGCACGUACCUUUCCCACUAUUAUGACAUUUUGCCAGAAUCAAAGGACAUGUUCGUCCAUAAGCAACUUCUGUGCGAUAUUUUUCCUGAAAGGAUGAUUCAAAAGGCAUCCGUUUUCAUGGCCUUUAAUGUCUACGCUUUUGCACGGCACUUGAAAGGAACACUCUCGCUGCAACAUUUGGGGGAAAGUAGAGUAAAAGUGUGGUCACCAGGUCAUCCCGUGGAACCAAACCAUCGUUGGAUUUUAAAAGUGUGGGGCUUUUUGGCUAAAUCAUGGAAGGAUAACCGGUGCGAAGCCAACAGUUUUGUCAUGCCUUUGUCUAACUGGAGCAUCAUCCCUGCCAUUGAGCAAGUUGUUUUAUCAACAGUUGAUAACGCAGGAGGCAGAGAUGUGAGGAAACAACACGUCCUUGUUCCAGUAAAGUUGGCAAAAUGUGUUCUUGUAUUCACAGAAAAUGAUCAGAAGCAAAGAGCAUCUUUAGUAAGGGCUCUUAGAGCGGUAGGCCUUCUUGAGUUAAACUCGUCCGUCCUUUUUCCCGUAAACACACCUACGCCUGUGUUGUCCGAUUCUUGUAUCUUAGCAACGCAAGUUGUAGGGUCCUUGGAGACUCCAACAUCACUUCUUGCAGCUCUUGGUCACAAAUUAAGCUCGAACCCUCGUUUUCAAACGGAAACAUUGGAACGCAGUGACUGUCUAACAAUCCUUCAGUAUUUCAAUAACAGUGUUCUAAGUAGUCCAAUCCUCGACAAGUCCACACUAAGGCAGCUUCCUUUUUAUCCGUCAAAAUCUGGUGACAUGAUAAGUCCUGGAGAUCAACGAGUUACCGUCCUAUCGUCUGAAAUACCACAAAUAGGGCUGGAUACCAUUCAGAAAGAGGGCGAUAUGGAGUUUCUAGAGGACAUUUCAGAGCUAUCAAAAUUAUACAAUUUUCUGGAAUUUGAUUGUCCUGGGCCUGUAGACGUCUAUCGCGCGUUUGUGUUGCCACAUUUCAGUACUCUUAGCAAAGAGGCGAGACAGACUCAUCUUGAGUAUAUCAAAGACAAGUUGCUGCCAAGUCUGUCAGAAAACAAUGGGGACAAGCGGAAGCUAUUAGAAACACUGAAAACCACAGCAGUGAUUACCACGCACAUAGGAACGCUGACAGAAGCAUCAACCUUCUACGAUCCGGAAAAUAAGGUUUUCAAAGUCAUGCUUGCAGAGAAUAUGUUUCCACCUGUGCCACUGAACUCAAAAGCCUGGUUGAAAUUUUUGAGAAAGAUUGGGCUGAGACAUCAAGUUCACCCAAAUGAUUUCAUGAAAUUUGCAAAGAAAGUUGCACGUGACGCAGCAAAACAGCGCUCGAUGGAGACAGAUGAACAGUCAAAACUGUUGGUGUCUGAAUUGCUAAGUCGCUCCGAUUUGCUUGGUAAGGGGCUUCUGGAAGCUGUUUGCAAUAUUGAGUUUGUGAUGCUAGAACCAGUCUGUAGUAAGCUUCAGGCUUUGCACAGGCAACAUGGGCAAAGAGAAGACGGAACACUGCCAUACAUUGCAUUUGAGAACACAGUUGUUUCUGACCAUACUAAGUGUGUUUGGACAUCGGCCCACCCCCUCCCUAAGUGGGCACAUCCACAAGAUCAAUCAGAUUUGAAGGUUCCCUCCCGGAUGUCUAGAGAAGAAUUCUGCGUCAAAAUCCUCGAGCACCUCAAAGUCCUAUCAGAGCCAGCCUUGGAAACAGUUACAUCUCACUGUCGCAAUAUUUCCUAUCGACUUGUGGAAGAAAAUGGCAGCAACGUCCCAGAUGAGCAGUGCAACACGAGGAAGUCUGUCAUGAAAAAAAUUUACAAAUUUUUUCAAGAAAGGGUCAUCUUGAGAAAGGAUGGAAAAGUAGACCUGCAGGAUGUCCCUUGCAUUGUUGUAGAAGGGGGAGCACGCUUUGUGAGAGCUGAGCAGGUAGUCCUGGAAAUGUCUGAGAACCUUGAAAUAAAACCACUUCUUUAUCGAAUACCGCCUGAUCUUGGAGAGUUUCAUGAAUUGUUUCUUCAUCUUGGUUGCUCCAAAUCUGCUACAAUGUCACACUACGCCAUGGUUUUGGAAAUGUUGCAAAAGCAGAGUCAGGGCAAUAAACUGCACCCCAACGAAAUCAGUAGUGCGCUGGGUGCUGUACGAGGACUACUGGAAGGCCUGCAACAGGAUACCACUACAGAGAUACGUUUUCAACAACUCUUCUUACCAGCGAUGAAUCUCAAUAGUAGCCCAACAGAUUCACCUCCAGUUUCUCUGCAAAAGUCUUCUGAGCUGGUAUUUGAUGAUUCUCCUCAUUUUCUUCCUCGGUUAAAGAAAUUCAAUCAGCUAUUUGUCGUUGACCUAAAGAGGGUAGGUUUAAAGAGUAGUUCAUUCAUAAACUACAAAGAUCUUCUCACGCGCCUUCCACCUUCCGUUCGACCCCAGAUACUGUCACAAGUGGUUACAGAGGAAUUUGCUGACUCUUCAGAAGGCAGUGAAUUUACAGUUAAGCUUCGCAUUGCAGCUUCAUUGGAAAGACAACUCAGCUCGGAGGAAUUCUUUCGUGGAAUUGUGAGGCUUAUUCGACAUAAGAACAAAGAAAAUGAAAAUCUUAAUGAAAAUGUUUUCACUUCCAUAAACAACAGACUGAGAAGCAUCGAAUUCCUUGGGCUAAACAGAAUUGUAACAAAACUGGUGUAUCAAGGUGAUCAAAUUCCUGAUAGCGAAGGUGAAGUUUCGUACUUCGUAAACAAGGUUUCAGCACCAGCCGGCAAAAGCAUUUGGAAGGUCUAUGUUAGACCUGAUGUAGAUGAAAACCUCUCCAAAUUAUAUUUGGCCGUAACUCAAGUGAUUGCAGAAGUAUGUGAAGGAUUGCUGGGAGAGGCAGUGAUGUUCAUUCAAGAGAUGUUACGCAUCGAUCCCAGUCAGAUCUGGUGCAUGUUGGAUGAGAUGAACAUUACGCAAGACGAUUCAUACAGAGGGUCAAGCAGCAAUCCCCUACCACUUCCCGGAAGUUUUAUCCCUGUAGAAGACCACCAUCUCUUGAACGAAGAUUUUGAGAAUAUCGCACCAGGGGAGUAUGUUGGUUAUGAAAUGGAGGAUCCAAGCAUGCAACAGAGAGAGGGAGAUGCAACAUUUAUUUACGCCGUGAUAUUAGAAGAAGUAAAUGCUCAAGAAAACAGAAGCCUUCUUUCAAAGUAUUACAUGGUCAACGUAGGCAACGACAAAGAGCCCCAAGAAGUCGAGUUUGCAGACUUGUAUAAGUUUCACCGACUCCAAUCUUCUCCAUUAGGCCUGUCAGACGGGCUUGAGAAAGGUAACACUAAAGACAAAGCGAUGGUUUUGAAGCAGAUUGCAGAGGUCCUGGUGGAAGCAUGGCAACUACCUGAAAAAAGGCGCAGGAAAAUUGUCAAGCGACUCUUCCUUAGAUGGCAUCCAGACAAAAAUCCUGGAGAAAAAUCAUUGUGCGACGAGGUUUUACAGCACAUCCAGGAAGAAAUAGCAAGGUUAGGAAGAGUCCAAGGCGACGUAAUAGAUGGCCAAAGCUGUUACAAACCGUUUUUUGAUUUCUGGAGAGUGCGUGCCAAGCGUCAACACAUGCAUCGCGAAAAGUACAAGAAGAACUAUCGACGAAUGUACACCUCCAGUGAUGAAGCCCUGAGAGGCGAUUCACCUUCAGGUGUUCCUCCAAGUUUUUGCACGAAGAAUCCUCAGCCUGGUGAGGCUAGACGAUGGCUUAGACAAGCCGAGGCUGACCUGGUAGCUGCUAGUAAUGACUUAUCUAGUGGAAACCCAUCUUAUGAGUGGGCGUGCUUUAAAUGUCACCAGGUGAAAAGAUUUAUUUUCAUUUACUUGUUACUUUUAUCGUAAAUAAUGAUGAAGCUAGAUAAUGAAAAAGAAAGGUUCCAGCUCGGCUACAACGGAAUGGAAUCAGAAACUGAGGCUUUAUAAUUAAAUUUUCUCGUUAGUAUUGUUUUCUCACAAGGUAGGAAGAUGUGGGGUGAACGAAACAAACAAAAUAAACGAACUGAAUGAUCCCGACGCACCUUAUUUAAAGAGAGAGGGGUAUUUUUCAGUGAUAUCGUGUUUUUAAAAAAAUUAUCCUCAAGAGCGGUAUUUUUGAGGUGGAUGAUCUUUCCUCUUAGAUUAAAUAUAUUGAUUUUGUUUCCUUUAGAGUGCCGAGAAGGCUCUGAAAGCAGCGCAAUAUGCUGAUGACGCAUUCAAGAUAAAUCGUCACAAUCUCAGACUAAAUGCUUCACGGCUGGCCGACUCCGAACUGUCGGAACUUGCAACUGAGCUGGAGGAUCGAUUGGUCGAUUCAACAAACAUGCGCUAUCCAGAUCGACUGCGCUUUCCUCAGAUUCCAAAAGAUGUUUAUUCAUUUGAGGCAGCUAGUGAGGCCCUGAGACUAGCGAGAGAAAUUCUACAGAGAGUUCGAAAUUUGAUACCAAAAUAG